AUGGCAGCGUCCAGGCGGGCUCAGGUGCUGCGGCUCUACCGGGCUUUGCUGAGGGAGAGCCAGAGCUUCAGCGCCUACGGAUACAGGUACUGGAAAGGCUUCCUCCGCCUUCGGCUUGAAGGCCCCUCGCGGCCCUUUUCCUUCAAGCGCGGUGGGGUUUCCCCUUCUCUGAAAAUAAAAAGUGCGUAGCCUUUUCUGCAGCCUUUAUUCUCCAACCCAAUGGGGGCUGCAAGCUGACAUGUCCCUAUUGACCUGGGAGGAAGCCCCACUGAACUCGAGGCUGGAAACGAACUGGGUUGGGGUCCUGCUGGCGUCUAAACUUGAUUUGGAGGGGGGCUGGGGGCCAUUUGGUUUCUUUGUGCUGUAUUUUGUUGCGCAAGUUUUUAGAGAUUCCCCUGCCCCCCCCAAAGGUGGGGAGGAACCCUUAUCUUUCACGAGCAGCUAAAAUAUAUUAAUUCCUGUUUGGUAUAUUGGGAUUUUUAACGGGAGCUUUAAAAACAACCACACGCCUUUUUAUACAAAAGUUAGCAUUUCGGAAAGAAACCUUACUACAUUAUUUCCUUCCUGCCGUGUGUACCUAUGUUUCUGUGUUAUAUGGGACUUCCAAAUAAAUCUGUUGCUAUCGUUAUUGUUUGUUGCAUUUAUAUGCUGCAUAUCUUUAAUCAAGAGCUUAAUGAUAUUAAUUCCUGUUUGGUAUAUUGGGAUUCUUACAGGAACUUAAAAGAAAUAGCAACACACCUUUGUAUACAAAAGUUAGCAUUUCAGAAAGAAACCUUACUGUUCUUUCCUGCAGUGUUCCUGUGUUAAUUGGGACUUCCUACUAAAUCCAUUGUUGUGUUGCUGUUGUUAUUUAUUACAUUUGUUGUUAUUUAUUACAUUUACAUUUAUUACAUUUACAUGUUAUUUAUUACAUUGUUUUAUCCAAAGGCGCUCAAGGUGGUCACAUGAUUCUCCUCCCCAUUUUAUCCUCACAACAACCCUGAGAAGUAGGUUAGGCCGAGAGAUGGUGACUGGCCCAAGGCCACCCAGUGGGCUUCAUGGCUGAGCUGGGAUUUGAACCCUUGUCUCCCAACACUCUAACCAUUAUGCCAUACUGAAGUGCAGCCUUAGGGAGCAAUUCUAAAGCAAGAUCCCCUGGGCUGAGCAGGUUAGAAUCCAGCAGGUCUCCAGCUGAGCCAGGAAACUCCAGAACAGCAUCCUCCACUCAGCUACAGAUACCAGCAGAUCUUAACGUAGUUUAAGCCAUGAAAAGGGUAAUGACAUGGCAGGGACCAGAAAGGGGGGACUUAGGCUGGAAGCUAAAGGCCUAUUCACUAGGUCAGGUGACCUGGCAACUCCGCUUACACCAGCCCAAAGGGUUGUAUAACUCAAACAGUAUUUUAAAUGCUUGUUUUAUCUCUGUCAGGCUUAGGUCAGUGCAGCCCUGCUACUGAGUGGGUUUGGAUCUGCUGUGACUUUACACCAGUUCCUUGAGUAUAGGAUUGCUUGUUGGGCUGCAUAAGUGUACCUUGACCCCAGCCCUUGAAAGACAGGAUGAAAAAAUCAAUGAGUGAGAGCUCCUCAGGCAUGGAAAAUCACAUAAUUAGUUUCCUGGUGAGCCAUGUUUGAUCUUCAUAUGUAUUAGAAAGGAACAGUUUCAACUUUAAGGUGUGGCAUUUACCCCCACUCUCAGGACAGCUUGACCCUGGUUGCAAUGGAUUUUUCUAUCAAAUUGUUGGUACAGCCCAAUCCAAACAGAGGCAGAAUGCCCAUCAAUGCCAGUUGCUGCAAAUUGCAAGUAGGUAGUUUGCUUUUGAGCUCAAAGGCAUUUGGUUGGUCACACUGAGAGCCAUUGGCCUGAUAGAGCAGGCUCUUUUUAUGCUCUUAUCUUAUGUAGAUACAGGUCUAUGAGAAAUUGUCAAGGAAGGAUGCAUACCAUUACAACCUUUGGGUUUGAGCUGUUCAUACAUUGCAAGAGAGCAUUGAUUCUUUAAAGAUAUGUUUGAAUUUUCAAAAACAACAUGCAAACAAGACAAACCACAAAGAAACAAAGAACAAUGGCUUUAUGGAGCACAUUAUUGCAGUUGGAAUAAAAUAAACAGAGGGUUCAGUGCACGUUUGCAGACAUCGUAAUAAGAGAUUCCUCAAAGGGAGAUUUUUAGAAUAAGAGCUGCAUAUUGAUAUGGUAUCCUCAGCACAUACUGCAGAAACAUGUGUCAAUGGGAACCUUUGCAGUGUGCAAGUAUCUAUUUAUAAAACAUAUUUAUAGUACCAAUACAUCAAAAUGGUCUUGUUCGGUAACCCAUUUUUGAACCCGCAUAUGAUGGGUUAAAUGUAACAUCACCCAGAAUUGUAGAGGACCCCAAUUUAGUCCAGCCUGAUGCAAUGUUGGGCAAUCACAACUAAAGUAGGAGGAGGAUAUGCCAUUUUUAUUCACUAGUACUUUGACAAAGCUAGAGUAGACUACUCAAAAGUAACAGCACAAUCCUAACCAUGUCUGCUCAGAAGGAAGUCCAAUGGAGUUCAGUAGGGUUUACUCCCAGGUAAGUGGAUACAGGAUUGUAGCCUGAGCCUCCUGUCUUCUGCCAACCAAACUCAGUGGAUACAUUAAAUAAAUCUUGGGACAGAAAGCCGCCCGUUUAUUGAUCUUCUGGGUUUCUCUUCUUCAGGCAGGAGACACUGGUUGCAUACACAUCAUAUAUUUUAAAUAUAUACCCCAAGAAUCCUGGGAACUGUAGUUCACCCCUCACAGAGCUACAGUUCCUGAGAUUCUUUUUGGUAGAAAUGUGCUUUAAAUGUAUGGGGUUUACACGGCUGGUGGCUCCUGCCUGAAGAGCAUAAACCCGGAACAACAAUAAACAUGGAGGGUUUUCUUCCCAAGGUUUCUUUAAUGCACUGGAACUUUCUGCAUAAUGGCAUCUAUUUCGAGUGCAAGGUCCACCAACACGCUGUGUUAGCUUUUAGUAGCACAGCCCCAUGAAAAUCCACCUGGAGAUGCAUGAAGAGUGCUUUUAGGCCUGCUUACAUGGUAAGGGAAGGUCUGCGACAUGGAAAUAAAUGAACACCAUGUUCCUUGGUAGCUCCCAUUAUUUUUAGUGGGGGGUAGCCAUGGCUCUGUAGUUAAGCAUCUGCUAAACCACAAAGCCUAGGGCUUGCUGAUCAGAAGGUCGGCGGUUCGAAUCCCCGCAACGGGGUGAGCUCCCAUUGUUCGGUCCCUGCUCCUGUCAACAUAGUAGUUCAAAAGCACGAAGUGCAAGUAGAUAAAUAGGUACCGCUCCGGCGGGAAGGUAAAUGUUAUUUCUGUGUGCUGCUCUGGUUUGCCACAAGCGGCUUAGUCAUGCUGGCCACAUGACCCGGAAGCUGUACGCCAGCUCCCUCGGCCAGUAAAGCGAGAUGAGCGCCGCAACCCCAGAGUCGUCUGCGACUGGACCUAAUGGUCAGGGGUCCCUUUACCUUUACCUUGCAUGCAAAAGGUCCCAGGAUCAAUCCUCAGCAUCACUGAGUAUGGCUGGGAAGGACUCCUGCUUGAAAUCCUGGAAAGCUGCUGCCAGCCAGUGUAAGACAAUACACUGAGCUAUAUAGACCAAUGUGUUGAUUAAAUGCAAGGCAUCUUCACAGCUGUAAUGGAAUUGGCAUUGUUAUUGAAUGGCUUGGGAUUUCAACAUGCUUGUUAAUUUUUGUUCGUAGGAGCCAGUGUGAUGUUCCUUGCAAUGAGCCUUCUGGCACAUAAUUUUUAGAGAAGCAUUUUACCAGCUUAUGCAUUCACUAAGGUUUGAUCUGGAAAUCAAAAGUAUUUGAUGUACUGCCGCAACUUGCCUUCCUGCAACUUGUUCCUUCAAUCAGAGGUUUGAAUAACGUUGUCACUGCCAUUGUAACUACAGAGUAAUCUUGGGGCCUCUUCUGUGCUGGAGUUUGUGAAACUUAAUGAAAACACUUAACUACUCUCUUGUGGCGGAUAUUGUGCUCCCUUCAGGUUUUGAAUUGCUUUUUGUUUUUCUCCAUUGGUUUUCGUGCCUGGGUGCAGCGGGCGGCAGACAAAGUAGAUUUCAAAAUGGAAGUUAAAACAGCUGAAGUGCAAAUCGAAAACAAAGACUAAGAGGCUAGAGUCGAGAGGUGUGCGUGAGGGCUUCUAGCAGAGAUAAAAUGCCACUAGGACUGAGAUUAGAAAACAGUUCAUUGAAGCUGCACUUAAUCAACAGGGACACCAUCCAGUUCACUGUGAGUGCAACAUCUGAACCCCAAAGAUUUCCAAAUGCUCCAUGGAGGCCUGCCCCCUUGCUCCGCCAUAUGCAUUCACAAAGGCAUCACUACCCAGAAUUUGGAUAGAGCUCUUGGCUCAGAGCUUAUUACUUGUGCUUCAGAGUGUGGCCCCAAUGUGCAGACACUGUGUCCAUGGUGGGCAGGAUGAUGACCCAAGUUUUUGUGGUCUCAACCUUAUCUUAUAAAUCUUUUACAGUGGUGCCUCGCAAGACGAAAAGAAUCCGUUCCGCAAGUCUCUUCGUCUUGCGGGUUUUUUCGUCUUGGGAAGCAAGCCCAUUAGAGGUUUAGCGGCUUAGCGCUACAGUAUUAGCGGCUUAGCCGGCUUAAAGAUCAGCUGAUAAGCGGCUUAACGAUCAGCUGAUAAGCGGCUUAGCAUCAGCUGUUAAGCGGCUUAAAGAUCAGCUGAUAAGCGGCUUAGCAUCAGCUGUUAAGCGGCUUAAAGAUCAGCUGAUAAGCGGCUUAGCAUCAGCUGUUAAGCGGCUUAAAGAUCAGCUGAUAAGCGGCUUAGCCAUCCCCUGAUAAGCGGUUUAGCGGCUUGGGAAAAAGGGGGGGGGAAGGAAAAAAACCCCGCAGGAACUCGCAAGACAUUUUCGUCUUGCGAAGCAAGCACAUAGGAAAUUCGUUUUGCGAAGCACCUCCAAAACGGAAAACCCUUUCGUCUAGCGGGUUUUCCGUCUUGCGAGGCAUUCGUCUUGCCGGGCACCACUGUACUUCUAGCCCAUAACGCUGGGACUUAGCCUCAAAAUCCGUUAUAUGCAUUGUUGUUGUUGUUGUUGUUAUACUAUGCUUCACCUGAGGAUCACGGGGCAGUUUACGAUAUAAAAACACAAGCUUUGACUACAAUCUACUGUGUGCUCAGACAAGUAUCUUGAGCAUUGCAGAUUUGUUUUGUGCAUCUUCUCUUUUUUUAUAUAAUGCAGUGGUACCUCUAGAUGCGAACGGAAUCCGUUCCAGAGCCCCGUUCGCAUCUAGAAGCAAACGUAACCAGUGACGGCACGUCUGCGCGCACACGCGUUGCUUUUUGCCGCUUCUGCACAUGCGCGUGAUGUCAUUUUGAGCGCAAGCGACGAAACCUGGAAGUAACACGCUCCAUUACUUCCGGGUUGCCGUGGAGCGCAACUCGAACGCGUUCAUCCUGAAGCACAUUCAACCCGAGGUAUGACUGUAAAGGAUUUUAUAAGGGAAUGAUAAAGUUACAAUCCGUGUAAUAAGUUUGAUUUUAUUAUUCCUUUUAAAAUCCCAAGUUAAGUAGCAGGCAUUGGUUACAGCUCAUGAUUUGUCUGGGGUAAGACAAGCAUGAGCCUAGCUUCAGACAACAUGCUAAACUAAACUGUGGCUUUGCUCACAACAGAAGCAGAACCAGAGGAACAGGGUGGCUGUGAUCACUUCUCUGGGAACCAAAGUGUUGUGCUGAACCAUGGUUUAGAUAAGCAUUGCAUUCAGACCUGGUCAAUGUGCUCUGAACAUUACAUUCACGUCUAUAAAUAGAUACGUCUAUAAAUAUGAAGCACAGUAGAAGGUAAAGGUAAAGGACCCCUGGACAGUUAAGUCCAGGCAAAGGCAACUGUGGGGUUGCGGCGCUCAUCUCGCGUUCAGGCCGAGGGAGCUGGUGUAUGUCCGCAGACAGUUUUUCCGGGUCAUGUGGUCAGCAUGACUAAACCGCUUCUGGUGCACGGAGGACCGCGAGGAGUGCCAGAGCAUGCAUGGAAACACUGUUUACCUUCCUGCUGCAGCAGUACCUAUUUAUUUGCACUGGCAUGCUUUCAAACUGCUAGGUUGGCAGGAGCUGGGACAGAGCAAUGGGAGCUCACCCCAUCUCAGGGAUUUGAACCAAUGACCUUCCAGUCAGCAAGCCUAAGAGGCUCAGUGGUUUAGACCACAGCGCCACCCAUGUCGCUCCGAAGCACUGUAUAAAUGCAUGAUUGUUAGUACUCAGCAUAUUUCUAUAUUCCUCAAACUCUUGGUCCUCUGCAUCGUAAUAGAUGUUUUACAGCUUGUCUCUCACAAUUUUGGCAAUCAUGUGGACACUCAUUUUUCAUCUCUAACAUUUGCUUAGGACAUAUGCCAUCAGAAGAAUAAGGGAUGCUUUCAGAGAAAACAAAAACAUAAAGGAUUCAGAAGAAAUAGAAACACUAAUGAACAAAGCAAAAGCUAGUCUGGAAAUGAUACACCGACAGGUAAGCAUGUUUUUCUUACCAGUUUAAUUAAAUUGCAAAAAUGUUGCUCUCCUUCCAAAUGUGUAACUCUGGUCUGUUACACGGCUCUGCUGAAUGUAUUAACAGUUGGUGAAAAUUAUUAUAAUUAGUUUUAUUUAUUUAUUUUGUUAGUUGCUUUAUCUUGCCCAAGGUAACCCAAAGCGGCUUACAACCAACCAACAAAACAAAGCAAAAAACCCACAUAGAUACAUUAAAACCCAAAGAAGGGGAAAAUACAUUAAAACAUCCCGUGCACUUUGAAGAGGCCACAGGUACCCUGUUUCCCCGAAAAUAAGACAGUGUCUUAUAUUAAUUUUUGCUCCCAAAGAUGCGCUAGGUCUUAUUUUCAGUGGAUGUCUUAUUUUUCCAUGAAGAAGAAUACGGCACACAUUUAUUGUCUAAUUGUGAGUCGGCCAGAUUCCGUCAGGGCAGAGCAAGCAGCUGGCGGCAGCUUGUCCUGGCGGCGGCGUGGGCUCUCUGAUUUAAAGAGACCUCGCACUGCCUGAACAGCUCCGGCUGCUCUGCGGCCAAUCAGUGAGCUGCGCAGCAGCGCCCGCCACUACGGUCCAGAGGAAUCAGACGCCUUAUGGUAGCUUCGGGGGCCUUAUAUUCGGGGGAGGCCUUAUUAUCAGGGAGGUCUUAUUUUCGGGGGAUGCCUUAUAUUACAGCGAGAGGCAAAACGGGAAGUAGGUCUUAUUUUCGGGGGAUGUUUUACUUUCGGGGAAAGACAGUAGUUAAAGGCCUGGUUAUAGAGUAAAGUUUCUGCAUGGGGCCUAAACAUAUGCAAUGAGUCUUCCUGGGGAGAGCAUCAUUCCACAAAUGGGGAGCCACCACAGAAAAGGCCCACUGUUGUGUUGCCACCCUCCAGACCUCUUGUGGAGAGGGCACACGAAGAAGGAGCUUCAGAUUAUGAUCGCAGGGUCUGGGUUGGCUCAUAUGGGGCAGGGCAUUCCAGGUAUUGCAAUCCUGAGCCAUUUAGGGCUUUAUAUGUUAAAACCAGCACUUUGAAUUGGGACCCGAAACUAAUUGGCCCCCAGUGCAGUCAGGCCAAGAUUGGUGUUAUAAUGUGCCAACUGUCUCGCCGUGGUGAGCAAUAUAUCCUGUUUUAGACUUCCUCGGUGUGUACAUAUGCAAGGCGGUGUUUUUCCUUUCGUUGAUGCCUUUGAAGAAAUGAUUAUCUGAAGGUGCUUUAUACCAAAUCAAACCAACAGCCAAGCCCAGUUGAGAAACAGUGUGGCGUAGUCUUUAGGGUGUUAGACUUGGGCCCGAGAGACCUGGAUUCAAAUCUUCACACUCUGUCAUGCAUCUCACUGAGUGACCUGCCCUAUGAGCCAGUCACCAUAUCUCAGCCUAAGCUACAUCACAGGGUAUUUCUGCUUCCAGUGUCAAAGGCAGCAUGCCACUGGAUACCAUCUUCUGGGAGGCUCUGCUUGGGAAUGCAGUUGGCCACUUUGAGAACAGGAUGUUGGAUUAGUUGGGCUUUUGGCCUGAUCCUACAGAAUUUUUUUCUCUCUUUUUUUUGCAAUCUUAUGUUUGUGAUGAUGAAAUGGGGGGGGGGGGGGUUAACCACGUAGGCCACCUUGAACUCCUUAGAGGAAAGCUGGUAUGCAAAUGGACUUAUUAAAAAAGUUGACAGUGACUUUCCAAGGUGAUGUAUGGAGGCUUCUCCUAGCCCUGCUACCUUGGAUUCUUUAACUAGAGGUAACCUGGGUUCUUCCACAUGACCUGCAGUCUCCCACUCAGCAGUUUUCCCACUGGUCACUGGAGAAAGCAUCAUUGCUUCUGUAAUAAUUUCACGUAUUCCACCAGCUGCAUCUUUAUUUUUCUUUAGUAGAGGGGUGGCUAACUUCUAGUCCUUCACAUGUUGAAAGAUGGCAACUCCCAUAUUCCCUGAUGAUUAGCCAUGCUGGCUGGGAAUGGCGGGAGUUGAAGUUCAGAAACAUCUGAAAGGCCACAGCCAAUUGGACAUCAGUCAAAAGAUGGAAUUGUACAGCCUCAACUGAUUCAGGAUUUUCCAAAUCAGUAUGUAUAGACUGAACCCUUAAUGUGUUUAGAUACACAUACAGAGAAACAGCUCGCUUUUAGCAAGAGGCUGUGUACACAGUAUGUUUUUAACACGAAUGAUGCACACAUUACUCAUUUGUUGUGCAUCUUCCUUAGAUCUUUCAUCAUGUUUGCACUUCUGUUGCAAGGAAACCACAUUUCCCCACCACUGUCUGGCUGUGCUGGAUUUCAUAUCAGGGAAAAUGUAAUACACAUACAUGCAAGUCCUGCUGUUUUCAACGGGACUGUGUUCUCUGUAGUAAGUGUAUCUCGUAUUGCAGCCUACAUUGGUGCUGACAACACCAGGGUUACAGGUUUGAUCCCCAUAUGGGAGAGCUGCAUAUUCCUGCAUUAUCAGGCUUCCUCAACAUCGGCCCUCCAGAUGUUUUUGAGACUACAAUUCCCAUCAUCCCUGACUACUGGUCCUGCUAGCUAGGGAUCAUGGGAGUUGUAGGCCAAAAACAUCUGGAGGGCCGAGGUUGAGGAAGCUUGGACUAGAUGUUCCCCAGGGUCCCUUCCUGCUCUGCAGUUCUAUGAUUCCUGAAUGUGACAGUGGUUUAUGGAGUCAGAAAUGUUUGAAGUAGUAUCUAGAUGGUAUAAAAAAUCACCUUAUACAACUGUUGUUGUAUAACCAUCAUUUACUUAUUUUCUAAUAAGCAAGCAAAAUGCUCUCACUGUCUCUAAGCACACUUGUUAAUAAGGAUAAAUAUAGACUUUUUCACGAUGUCUAAACCUAUAUUGAUACUGUUCUAUUUUCUACAUGCAAUUAUAUAUUCCAGAGGAACAAUUAUACGAGUAUUCUCAUUAUUUUUCAAGUGUAAUGUUUAUUUUUUAUGUGUGUUAUAAAGAAACAAUUCAAAUAGUGAACAAGGGUUGUCAUGAGCUAGGGUUUUUUUGAAAUCUUAAACCUAAGACCCGUAUUAUGUGCAGAGUUUUAUAACCAAGGCAGUGGAGCAAAUCAAAUAUUAGAUGUAUUAUGCAGUUUGCAGGUUUAUUAAGAUGUAGCACAUCUCCUUUUGCUGACUUUUUUUUCCCCGUGACAUGUCGAUAGAAAUUAAAUAAUAUCCUCGCUGCCUUGCAAUUUGUUGCUUCUGUGAAAUCAAAUUUAUAUUCUCUUUACAUGCUAAUUUAUGGUUUAGUCAUCAAAGUGACCAUUGGCAUCUCAGGUUCAUAAAUAACUAGUUGAAUCAGCCCGGAGGGGAUUGUGGAAACGUGACGGAUUAUAGUCAUUUUGUUCCAUGACAUUCAUGGGAUUUGACUGAAUUUUACAAGAGGAGCUUUCUAUAACUAAAAAGCAUAAAAGUGCCUUUUUGUCUACUGGUGUCUUUUUUAUAUUUUCCAGGUUAUUGGUUUUUAUUUGAAAAUGUCUAUGAAAGCAGGGCAGAUAUUCUAUAGAAAAGUAACUGACAUUCCAAUCCUGUGCACGUUUACUCGGGAGUCAGUCCCACUGUCUUCAGUGGGGCUUGCUCCAAGAUAAGGGUACACAGGGUUACAACCUAAAAAUGUUGUCUCCUGCCUGUUUCUCCCCAAGAGCAUAGUAAAAGUUUUAUUUCGGCCCAGAUGGUAAACCCAUAGUAUUCAUGUGAAAGUCUGUAGCACAUGCCCUGCAUUCAUAAGAUUCCAGGACAAGUUCAGCAGUCUCUAGUUAGAAAGGAUCCCGGGCAACAGGAUCCCAGACCUCAGCCUGAGAUCUUGAAGAACCGCUGCCGAAGAGAAUGUAGUACUACUGAGCUACAUGAACCAUCAAUGUGGCAACAGUCCUCGGGCUGGCGUGCUGGUAUGGGGAACCUCAGGCAGGGGCCAGAUGUGGUUCCCCAGGUCUCUCCGGCUAGACUCUUGCUAGCUCACACACCCUUCUGCGCCACACCCCUUGCGACCCAUUCUUUACAGCCUCCUUGAGCGGCUUUGCCUGAGUGGAGUGGAGAGCCAGUGUGGUGUAGUGGUUAAGAGCAGUAGACUCGUAAUCUGGUGAACUGGGUUUGCGUCUCCACUCCUCCACAUGCAGCUGCUGGGUGACCUUGGGCUAGUCGCACUUCUUUGAAGUCUCUCAGCCCCACUCACCUCACAGAGUGUUUGUUGUAGGGGAGGAAGGGAAAGGAGAUUGUUAGCUGCUUUGAGACUCCUUAGGGUAGUGAUAAAGCGGGAUAUCAAAUCCAAACUACUACUACUCUUCUUCUUCUUCUUCUUCUUCUUCUUCUUCUUCUUCUUCAUUGAAUUCUGAUAAUGCUCCUAGCUUCCCUGGGUAGAGAGGUGGGUGUAGAAGCAAACCUACUCUACAAAAGUGAAAUUGAUAUUUCAUUUUGCCUCUGAGCCUGCACAUCACAGGCAUGUGACUCCCAUCCCCAGUCCAGUGUUAGAAACUCAGAUAUAUAAGCUAAGCGCCAAAAAGACUCCUUAAACCAGGGUUGCAGUCUUCAAAAUGGAAUGCCUAGUUGUCAUUUGGGGGCCAGACAUCUUGAAAGUCGCAUUUUCCAAUACAAGUUUUUGGUUCCUGAAAUUCAUUCUGAUUGUGCAGAUAAAAUAUUAUGGGUGGAAUUCUACAGGAUGUGUUGUUAGUGUGUAAAAAGAGCCAAGAUGCGCCUCCAUCUGGUGGAGACGUCAGACACUGUCCUGGCGCCUGGGCAUCUUCACUUGGUUGCAAGUGGCCGAUACCCAAGUGCAAAAUACACCUGGUGCCUUCGCUCAUGCAGAAGUGAGUGGUUGGGCUUUUUAUGGUUAAAAAUGUGGCCAGUGUAUUUUUAGUUAUUAUUACGUUUGCAUCACACCUAAGGAGUUCCAGGUGAUAAAUAUGAUCCUCCCUCCACUUUAUCCAGGAUCACCCAGCAAACUUGGCAGUGUGUGGAUUCGAACGCUGGCCUCCCAGGUCUUAAUCUGACAUGCCAGUGUGGUGUAGUGGUUAACAGCGGUAGACUCAUAAUCUGGUGAACCGGCUUUGAUUCCCCACUCCUCCACAUGCAGCUGCUGGGUGACCUGGGGCUAGUCACACUUCUUUGAAUUCUCUCAGACCCACUCACCUCACAGAGUGUUUGUUGUGGGGGAGGAAAGGAUAAUGUUAGCCGCUUUGAGAUUCCUUCAGGUAGUGAUAAAGCGGGAUAUCAGAUCCAAACUCUUCUUCUUCUUCCGCCUAACUGCUACAACCAAAAUUUUGACUUUGUUUGACUUUGUUACUGUCAACCAAGAUUUUGACUUUGUUCGCUUCUCAUUUGAAAUCAAGAUUGGGAUAGUCUUCAAUAGUGCAGAAUGUACUAUUGAGUUAGAACUUUUGAUGGAAAAAUCUGGCAAUGCAUUGUUUAAAGGAAGUUUGGUGAAUCCAUAGCUGAGAACCAAAGAGCAGCACUUUUGAGAAGUCAAGCUCUUAGGUUUAAUCUCUCAAGAAUUAGUUGUCUAACUGGCCAUUUAAAAAGGUAUUAUUUUGGAUUUCCCAGGCGAUUUGAAGGUUACAGCACCUAUCUGAAGUUUUCAAAGCGACAUAUUUCUUUUGAAGUGCCCUUCAGUAAAACAAGAGCUCUGAGGCACAUUGCAGCUUUUCUGUUCCAUUCCAAGUAAUCCAAACUUGAGAGAACUGUGUUUUAGGCAAAAGAUUCUUCUGCAGACCAACAAGUGACUUUCUUAACUUCUAGCAGACAUCUAUGUAGUUUCUUGGAUCAAAGCUUGCAUUGCUUUUAAGUUCUAGCUGGUCAGGCGAAUCAGUAAUGAUAGCUUUUGUGCAUCUUCCAGACUUGAUUUUCCAGUGUGUAUGAAUGAGGCCAUAUAAUAUAAUGUUGUAAGAGCAGUGCAUGUAUUCUCCUUGUGAGAAGUAUGGCACUUAAACAAAAGAUGUAAGCACUUUCUUCUGACAGGACUUGAUGGCUCAUUGUGUGGCAGUGAAACCUCAAGUGUGCUCUAAAGCAGUAGUCUUAAACCUUUUUAGGCCUUUAACCCAAACAUUAAUUUGAAUGCCUGUAUCUUUAAAGGCCGGGACGCAGGUGGCGGUGUGGUCUAAACCACAGAGCCUAGGGCUUGCCGCAGAAGGUUGGCAGUUCGAACAGGGUGAGCUCCCGUUGUUCGGUCCCUGCUCCUGCCAACUUAGCAGUUCGAAAGCACAUCAAAGUGCAAGUAGAUAAAUAGGUACCGCUCCUGCAUGAAGGUAAACAGCAUUUCCGUGCGCUGCUCUGGUUCGCCAGAAGCGGCUUAGUCAUGCUGGCCACAUGACCCAGAAGCUGUCUGUGGACAAACGCCGGCUCCCUCGGCCAGUAGAGCGAGAUGAACGCCGCAACCCCACAGUCGUUCGCAACUGGACUUAAUGGUCAGGGGUCCCUUUACCUUUAUCUUUUUAAAAGCCAUAUAUUUGCAUGGUGGUAGUGCUGCUGUUGCAGGCCAGCUUAGACUGGGCUAUAACUUUCUAGUGGGUCCUGACACACCAGUUGAAGACCAAUGUGCUAGAGUGCAUAUUCAUCCCCCUGUACCUUGCCGUGGUUUUGGCUCUCACCUACCGAGCUUGGAAGCAAGCAAAAACAUAAGAGGUGCAGGCCUGACUUUUUGUUGUAGGCAGACACACACAGGUCAUCUUGCUCCUGUGCAGGAAUGGCACAACCCCCUCCCUGCCUGUUUUGCUUGUGUCACCAGCACUGCAUAUUGGCUUCUCAUGUGUUAGACUAUAACCAUCCCUCAAAUAUUCUGAGAUAAAAAAUAGAAUAUGUGCCAAGUUUGCAGUCACCAGAGGAACACAGUUAAUUGUUCAUCAGCUGUGUCUGUUAACAAAGCAAGUUGCAGGACCAGAGACCACCUAUGUAAAGCAGGUGAAUGGCAAGGCAUAAACUAAUAAGACACUGUUUCUUGAGCAGUGGGUUAAACCGGGUGGUCUACUAUAUCCCUUCCAUGGUUCUGUUCCUCCUGGCCCAGUCAAAUAUCUACUGAAACUUGCUGGAGACAAGCUUGCUUGAAGGUCCACUUCAUUCUCAAGAACAGAAGAACAUCAAAAGGGCAUUCUGGAUCAGACCAAAGGCCCAUCUAAUCCAGGAUCCUGUUUCCACAGACCACCAAAUGCCUAUGUGAAGAACAUGAGCACAACAGCACUUUUCCUUGCAACUGGUAUUCAGAAGCAACAGGAGAAGUAGAAUGUGCCCAUUGUGGCUAAUAGCCAUUGACAGUCUUUAGACAACACAAAUUUGCCUAAGCCCCUUUUAAAGGUGGGCAGCCACAACUAUAUUUGUGACAGCAAAAAUCCAUAAUUUAGCUAUACACUUCCGUUUUGAAAACAUGGUCCUAAGCAGUCUGUACUGCAGAAAAUGAUUUUUCCAAACUCUUCUAGUUGAAAAAGCAUCUGCUUUUACGAUUUGAGCAUAACAGUGCUGGCUGGCAGAGUUCCUCUGCUCUUGCAUCCAAAUUACAAGGUUAUGUAACACUGCUUUAUUAUAUAAUGUCAAUUAGGAAAGGCAUGCCCAACAACCCAGCAUAGCAGGCGAGGAAGCCUUCACAUUCAAGAGGUGUGCUUGCCACCCUUAUUACCCAGUAUUGUGAAUAAUUUUAUACAGGUAUUCUUGAAGGUGCUAAUGAGGGUGUUCGCUUUCUUUUGGCUUCCCCGCCAGGGAAACAGAUGUGAGGGGGAGUUUUUUAAGGCAAACUAAUCCACUCAUUUAGUGAGUUUCUCUGUAUUGUUUUUCCUCGUUACCUUUAUUCCUUUUCAGUAAUUCCCUAUCACCCUUCUGUUGCAAUCACAAUAUACAGGACAGGCUGCAACAUUAAAAUUAUAGAUUACGGUAAAUUCAUAGGGUGGUAAUUGACGCUAGUCUAAGGAUAAACUCAUUGAAGUUAAUAGACAAGGCUAACUUAGUUUUAUUAAUUUCGGUGGGUCUUCUCUGACUAGGGCGUAGUUGAAUAGAGCCCAUAAUGUCAGUAAAACACUACAACAUUGAAAUAGAGGCAGUACAUAGACAACGAAUUGUCUGUGUGUUUAGCACAAAUAAUUUUAAAAUAAUUUUAGUAUCACCACCCAGCACAGUAAGUUCUACUUGCUUUUCACUUUGAUUUUUGAUCAUAGGUGUUUUAAAGGAGUGUAGAAUUCUUCAUGUUCAACACAUGUCUUUGCAUCACGGCAAGACUACAAGGAUUGCAGUUACUUUCACCUUACACUUUUUAUUCUUACUUUGUUUUACUCGUUCACCUGAACGUAUAAUUAAUUAAGUAUAAUUCCCAAGCAGACUUGGCAGUAACUGGGUCAUUCAGAACAAUAUUGCCUACUUAACUCUCUUUAAAACUUAAAGCUUUGCACAAGUGCCGUUUGAUUGGAAAUACACCUGGGUCUCUAAUAUUCAUUAUGCAUGCACACCUUUUCAGUUCCAUUAUGACUGACAGAUGCCAACCUGAUGACUAAAAUCUGCUUGAAUUGUAACUGAAUGUUCUUAAAUGUAGACUUUUGGAAUAGGGGAAUAUCACUAUGCUGAUGACAUCCAGUUAUAUAUUUAUUUCAGUAAGUAGCUAGGAACUGAUGCCUUAGUGUUAAGUCAGUGUCUGAAAGACUGUAUUAAGUGGUAGAGGCUGAACCAGUUGAAACCAAAUCCAACAGCAGCUAUUAUUGAUGGAGAGAGGUCAUCUUUAUAUGUGGUUGAUGAGAUUGGCAGGGACUCUUAGGAACAGAUUUGUUGUCCAGAGAUUCUAUUGGAUCCAGUUGUUGUUGUUAGACAACAGAGAUCUAAUUGUUCUCAUCUAUGCCUUUGUAACAUUUCAGAUUGACUAAUGUGCUCUUGAAGAUGACUUGGAAAGUAUCGUGACCUAUCUCUAGUGCAGGAGACAAGGAAUAGAAAAAUUUCCAAAACAAAUGAAUGGGGUAAUCUCAAACAAUUCACAGCUCUGGCAGACAUCGGUUUCUAAGAAAGGCUGAAAGAUUAACAUUUGCUUAAAUAUUACGUCUUUACUAGGAUGUUGGAUUGAAAUAGGGAUUCUGACUUGAAUUCUCUACCAUUUGUUUUGUGAUAAAGUAUUUUCAGUGGGAAUAAUUAAGCUUUGGGUAUGGGCAUGUGAGUUUUGAGACGAGUGACACACAGCAGAUUCAAACCUGGACUUUUCUGCCUCUAAACUGGGACUCUUCAACCCCUGGAACCACUCAGCCACCUUAUCCCAGUUAAUAUCUUGAGCUUAUUGCUUAGUUUAUCAACUUUUCUCCCUUCUCUGCUUUGCUUGUUCAUGGUUGGUCCCUGCUCCUUCCUGGACCUGUAUAGGAUAACCUUCCUGCAAAAUUGAUUCUUGUCCGGUGAACAGCAUACAGACCCAUCUUAUUCUUCCUUUUCUUACCUGUCACAAGUCCUUUUCCUAGCAUUUCAAGCAGGUUCUUGUUUUGCCCUCUCAGCCCAGGCACCUUAACUCAUUUCCUCUCGAGGAGCGGUAUACCCCUCCCCUAUCCUUGAGCUUGUUUGCUGCAGACUUGCUAGAGAUGUGAUCUUGCAGAUGACAUUAACCUAUAUAUUGGGGUUCAUACCUGGACUCACUAGAAAGGCAUUGUAAAUUCAGUUUGUGAAUGAGGGUGGGGUUUUUUGUGUGUGCUUUAAAGUAACCAGCAGGCACAGGGGGCCAAAACUCAAUCAAGACCCUGAUGGUGUUUUGGAGAACUUUUCAUCCUUUCCUUCCACUGGAUCUCUGAUUUGGAAACUUCCAUUCGAUGUGAAUGGGGCCUUUCCUUCCAAUGAAAAUAGAAAGCACAGGGACCCUAACCCAGAGCCCGGAUGAAGGUUGGAAACUAUUAGGAGACCUGGAGUGUUAUGUCUGCCCUAGGCCUGCUUCUGUAUUUUAUGCAACCAAGAAUUACUCCUCCAGCCUGUCUCUCCUUCUUUUUACCCUGUGGUUCACUCAGGAGCAAUUCUCAACCUAUCAAAUUGCUCAGAAGAAGAAACACUUAAAAUUCUAGCAUCUGAAGUUAUCUGUUGACAAGAUUUAUUAUUGGAGUUCCACCGUUACAGCUUGACAAUUAAGAAGUAUUGGCAAAUGUAAACACAUUAUUGAUGUCAAUUUUUAAAAGCACAAUAUUGAUUUAGCAUCCCAGAGGAAUACCAACAGAAGCAGAAAGAGAGUAAUAGCCAUCAAUAAGUAUUCACUAGUGACAAACACACACACACACACACACAAAUCAGGCUGCUAAGAGAUGGACUACUUUCUACUGAAAUUAAGAUCCUUUAAAUAGGAAUGCUGAGUGCUGUGCCUCCAUUUAUUUGAACUGGAAACUUCUGCCCCUCUACCACCUCAAAAGAUCUUGCAAUGUUAGCAAGUAAUUGUGGCACAACUGCAUUCCUUUUUCAGUGGGUAGAUAACGGUUUAGAAGUUUUAAAAGUGGGAGCCAUAUUCCAGCUUCCAUCCAGCAUUAAUUGCAUUUCUUUAUUUUAAAAAUGCCUAUUAUAUUUCCUUUCUAAUAUGUUCCUUACUACCCCAGUCAACAGAUGCUUGAAUGCAGCCACAGACUGUGUGUACACAGUCUCGCUUGCAAUCAGGGUUUGAAAUUAGCAGGGCGCCAGGCGUAUUUUGCACCUAAAGAUUCUCCAUUUGUGAGCGCCUCAAAAAGUCUUGAGUGCAAUUUUUUUGCACCUGGCUCAAGGAUUACUCAAGCCUUGAAGUAUAUAUGUUAAGGAGUUUAAUAAUAACGAGUAGAGUGUUUUGAAAACUAAAGUAUGGUACCAAUAUUUUUAUUGUAAACACCAAAUUAAACAUGUUUCAACAAUUUCUGCUAAAAAUGUGAUAUUAACAAUGGGUCUCUUAAGUGAAUUGCCUAUUAGCUCAUGCUUAUCAUAAUAAUAAAUAGAAAGUGUUGGCAAACCACCGCCCUCCCUGCUCGUGGCGACCAGACAUUCUGUUUUGGCGCCCACAACCCAGGUCCCAGGAGCCAUUUGGCUCCUAGCUUUCCCACCCCAGUUUCUAACACUGCUUGCAGUGAUAUUUGUACAUUCAUCAGUGAAGCAGGUGGCAUGUACAAGGUUGGCAAGACCAGAGAAUAGGUUUUUAGAAAGGUGGUGCUGAUCUUAAUAGUUUGGAGGUUGGGGACCUCUAUCUUUUUUUGCUUGGAAAACUGUAAAUGUUUAAACGAAUAAAGCAUGGUGCAUGGCACUGCAUAAAUAAAGAUUACUCACCUGUCACACAUUAGGAAGGAGGAGUUUCUUCUUCCACCUUUUAUCCUACUAAAGCAUCCCAUAACUUUCAUUCCCUUUCCCUGGUGUUUCCUUACUGAAAUACAGAAUGUAUGUAAUGGUCUAGUUAAUUUCCCCUAACUUUUUGUGUAGCUCUCCUAAGCUUUGUGUACUAUUUGAAAUAACCAUUUGUUUGCAGUGCAUGUUUCUAUUUUGUUUGUGAUUGUUUUGUUUAAGAAACUAUUUGGAAGCUUAUAGGCGAUAAGGCCGUCUCUGAUGCCUUCAGACGAAGAUGGAGAUAUUUGCUGCUCUCAGAUAAAAAUGCCAAGGAGCUUUAAGCAAGAGCUCUGACCUAUUUUAUUGUGUGCGGGGCUUUUUUAUAUAAAAGAAAACAAGGGGAAGGCAAGGGAGGAACGUGGGAGCAGAGGGUUUCCAGUAGUACAGUAAUGGAGAUGACCUUUAAUAUUGAGGCCUUAGGAUCAAAUUUAAGUUGGCAUUAAAAUUUUCUAAUAAAUUCCCUGCUGAAUCACUCGGGUUAUUUCCCUCUUCCUCCUGCCCCUCAAAGUUAAUUCAAUAAGGUUGCAAUAAAGCAAGCUGUCUGUGCUAUUGUAAUUGCUCUCAGCAGGCUGGUAAUACCAGUGCACAGAAUUGCCAGCCGCUGUGCUUUUAUUUCUCUCCACAGCCGCCCUUCCUUAUUCCAACCCUCACUUCCUUCAUUCUUUCCCCAGCCCUUGCCUCAUCAGUCCUUCUGGUGUUGAAAAUCUUGCUGCCCUUAAUACCACAUUCCCUCCUGCUUCUUUUAUCCCAUUUAAAACGUGGACAUGUUUUUUGACAGUGGCGCUUCCAUGCACUCUUUCUACAGGAAACAGAAAGCACCACUAGAAAUAAUAAUAGUGGAAUGACUGGAGUUCUGUUUUCCUCUCUCUCUGAUUAAUAGGCUGUCUUCUAUGGUUUCAAAGUCAAUGAAAUGAGAACUCUUAUCACACACAUUUUUUUUACUGUGGUUAUGCUUAUUAUUACUCAUGUGCACCUCAGGUGGGUUUUUUAAAGCUCUUUUUAACUUGUAAAAAGUUUAUUUUGACUCUUGACUAAUGGGUGAUACCACCUUAGUGGUACUCGAAGGCCCAUUAAAAUUGAUAGAUUUUAGGUGCAUUGAUACACUUUUGAAGAGAAUCGGCACCACUGCAAAUACUGCACUGGUUGAAAACCAUAGAAUGGUUUACACAUGCCUGUAUGUUGCUUGACUUACUACUCAACAAUAGUCAAGCCACACAUUGGCAAAAUGUGUGAAGUGCCCCUGCCAAAAAACUUUGCAUUUGGGGUGUGAGGUGAGAUCAUAUAAGUGUUUGCUUCUAGUGGUUGAUUUUUUUUUUUUUAUCAGUAAUGACUCAGCUGCAUAUACAUGCAAGUCUCACUUGAUGGCUGAGUCAUCAAGUGCCAAACGUACUUCUGUGAACCUGCUGUAUGUAUAACAAUAUUUCAAGUAAUAAAUCAUAUUUUGGGGCAGUUCAGAUGUUGUUGGACUCCCGACUCUCAUCAGCCUCAGCUAGUAUGGCAACGGUCAAGGGUGUUGUUCGCAUCAGUUUGUCUCGGGAGACAAUGGGAGACUGUGCUUUUGGACAGUCAAGCUGUUGGAGAGUUACAGAGCUUGCUGUGGUUGUAGAGACCGAUGUGGGAAGUGCAUGUGUUAUUGCAGGUGAGGCAGAUAAAGAUUUUGGUUUUCCUACUACAGGUGCACUGUGGCAUUUCUCUGUGCACUGCUCCCAGCAGUCAUUCCUCCUCUGGUCACUACUGUGGAAACAUGAGCUGAGUGUCAGGGAUGGUGGUUGUUAUAAUCUGGAGGGCCAGAGGCUCCUCAUGCCUGGUAUAGCUAAUAUAUGAACACAACACAUUUACUUUUUGCUUUUAAAUGCAUCUAAAAGCUGGAUUUAAAAGGUCAUAAGUAGGGCGAUAGAGGGACGCGGGUGGCGCUGUGGGUUAAACCACAGAGCCUAGGACUUGCCGAUCAGAAGGUCGGAGGUUUGAAUCCCCGCGACGGGGUGAGCUCCCGUUGUUCGGUCCCUGCUCCUGCCAGCUUAGCAGUUCGAAAGCACAUCAAGUGCAAGUAGAUAAAUAGGUACCACUCUGGCAGGAAGGUAAAUGGCGUUUCCAUGCGCUGCUCUGGUUCUCCAGAAGCUGCUUAGUCAUGCUGGCCACAUGACCCGGAAGCUGUACACCGGCUCCCUUGGCCAAUAAAGCGAGAUGAGCCCCGCAACCCCAGAGUCGGUCACGACUGGACCUAAUGGUCAGGGGUCCCUUUACCUAAGUAGGGCGAUGUAUCAAUAUAUAGCCCUUUCCACAUACCUUGCGGUUCAAAUAAAAACUCCCACGUAUUUCCUUCUUCCAUCCCUACCCUAAAAUCAUGGCGCUGGCGAAGAGGCAAUGCCCACUUGGCUACAGACUCUUAUCUUAAUGCAUUUCCAGUGAAAUAUAUGAAUGUUCUUCAGCAAACAGCCUGUGCAUCUUAUCCCUGUAAGAUCUUCUUUUAUAGGCCAUACACAUGGCAAUAAGAAGCACAGUUCAAUUCCCUAUGUUUCACUGUCCUGUGCAAAGUUGUCUUUUAGGACCCAAAGGCGCACCUUAGACAUAAUGAACUCACUCUGAUAAACCAUAGUUUGUUAGACCAAGAACAAGCCUUUCAUUCCAUCUUUGCUUCUCCUCCCCUUGUACUCCUGUCUUUGGUGCUUCACUAAACCACAUCAGAACUAGGAAACUGGAUGUGGUUUAUUGAGGAGAGAUCAGACCACAGUUUCCCAGUUUGUAUGUAAUAGCGACUGUGGUUUAAUAAGCCCUGGAAAUGUUCCAUUACAGUGCACAAGGGAGCUGUGGGCACAACACUCAUUUUCUGUCUAAUAAAUAAUAGUUUAUGUCAAAGAGAACAACAACUACCAGACUUUUAGAAGACAUCUGAAGGCAGCCCUGUUUAGGGAAGCUUUUAAUGUUUGAUGCAUUACUGUAUUUUAAUAUUUUGUUGGAAGCUGCCCAGAGUGGCUGGGGAAGCCCAGCCAGAUGGGCAGGGUAUAAAUAAAUUAUUAUUAUUAUUAUUAUUAUUAUUAUUAUUAUUAUUAAGAUCACUAUGUCAGAACCAGAUCAAUGUGGUCUUAUUGUGGGGUGUGUUUAAGAGAAAUAGUGUGUGAUGAAGCACACUAAGCAUUUAACAAAGCUUGUUUCUAUUAAUUCAAAAAGCAGUUACCUGUUUUAAACGAAGGCAAUUGUCCUAGAAUCCAUCAAGAGCAUUUCCAGCUAACGCAGCCAGAAAGCUUUAUCCCUGUUUAAGGUUGUGCACCUGUUUUGCCUGACCUGCUGCCUUCUCGCAGACUAACUCGUGUGUGUGUGUGUGUGUGUGUGUGCACACACACACACACACAGACACAUAUUCCAGUGACACUUGCUCUCUCUGAAGCAUUUUUCACACUGCUGCAUUAAAGGGUUGAUGGACUGGUGUGAUUGCAAGGCUAAACUGAAAUCAAUAAUGGGGCUCUAAGUACAAGCAGAAACUCUGUCUCUUCAGUAGCUUCUCUCAUAUCCCUAAGUAACCUCACAAUUUAAUUCUAGACCUUCCUCUCCCUCCUCCCUUCCUUACACUUGAGUGACUACUAAAUAACUUGAAAUGGAGCCCAUCGCUUGACAAUCCGCAAGCAGAUUUAAUGGCCCGACUACGUGGGUGUCGCUAAUAACUUAUCAGUGACUAACAAUUCCAGCACUUGAUAUCAGGACUAUCUUGACCCAGUUCAUGGUCUUGCUGAGAUUAAUAGGCCUGAAUGAUUAAACUGUAAUUUAUCACUUGACUACACUGCAUGGUGAUUUCUGCAGCUCCGUGUAGGGUGUGAAGGAAGCUGGAAAGUGAUAAUAUGUUAAACAAAUGCCAUCUAUUAGUUCAACUAAAUAUAUCUGUUCAAAGCAGAGUGGAAGAUGUGUGCAGAGAAGGGGAUACACUAAAUCUCUCCUUUAUGUAGAACAAGCAUAUUCAAAGGUUGCUGGAGAUGUGAUUUAAAUGUAUAUUACUGAGUUCGGUUUUUACCGCACCUUUUUCUCGGUGGCUUCCAGCCAGAUUAGAAUAUUUAAAAUCUAAUGCAAAAUGACUUUCAAUAUCAAGUGGUUGCCAGUGCAUGCAAAGUGCUAUUCAUGGGGCUUUGCAAGUGCUACCAAUGAGCUGGUUGGUGAUGCCUGCAAACCCUCUUUGGCCUACCUGCGUCUUUACCUGCUGUACACCUGCCAAGUGUGGGGCAAGUGUGUACAGCUAGGCCAAAAUUUCCUCAUGCUAAUCUUCCGCCCACCCACAUACCUUUCUCCAUCCAUGCUGUUACAGGAACCUUCUUGCCCUUGCAUAGGAAACUGCCUAUCCAGACGGAGAUUGGUUUCCAACAGUUGGACCUGUAUCCUCUCCUCCUCCUUUCCUUGGUGCAUCUGACUUCCAUUGGGUACUUCUGAGGGUACUUCUAGACAUUUGUUUUUGAGUGGCAUAGGAGUUUCUUCAGCACGCUUGACACCCCAUUCUGCCAAUCCUGGCAGUGAUUGCUUCUGCUCCAAGUUGCUGACUGGCAGCUAUGGUUGGUGCAGUCCAAACGAGGGACUACACCACAAAAACCACCCAUACUAGCUUAGUAUUGCAGAGCUAAAUCAUCCUGGGAGGAAACCACCGAAAGGGUCAUUGGGAGUUAAACGUCUCUGAUAACCUAAAACCUUAAAUGGAACUGGCUCACUAACAUCUCUGUAAAAAUAUCUAUGAUUUGUGUAUGAGCCCUACCGAGACAUAAAUAUGAAUGUCAGGCCUAUAAAGCAGGUCACCAGAGUCAUAACUCAGAAGAAACACAGAGCACCAGUGAUGUUUUACAUUUUGCUUACUGCUGAAACAGUUAUUUGACUGGAGCUAAGGCUGAGAAUUCCAAUGACUUGAAUACCCAUUUGACAGAACCUUAGUGGUAUUGGGGCUGCAGCAAUGUGUGACUCUCUUAGACCACUUUAACAGUGGAUGCUGAAGGUCACAGAUGAGCCAACACUCGUAUUGGCUGAUAAUUGCUCCAUCCAGGAGCUGGGGCUGCGCUGGCUUGGGAAGGUGCUGCACGUUAAUAUGCAUAUGAAGCUAUCUUUUACCAAGUCAGAUUAUCAGUUCUUUUGGCCCAAUUCGUUUAGGUGUGGGAAGCCUUUUUGGGCUCAGGGACCACAUACCUAUGAUGGUUGUAGCCAAAGCCGGAAGUGGGUAGGGCAUGCCUUCUUUCUGCCCUGCAUUCACCCAUUAACCAUCAUUCUUCCAUCUAUGCUCUUGAUCUCUCUCACGUCAUCCACUAACUUAGGAAAGAGCAACAUAGCCUCAAGCACAUACAAAAAGGAAUGCCCCUUUUUCACUCCUCUCCACUCUCACACACAUCUACAUGUCACUGUCACCCAUCUUCUACCACCCACACUCUCAUACAUUCCUUACAUCCACCAGUUUACACACUUUCCUCCAUUCUCAUACUUAGCUUCAUUUUGGGGGGAGGGGAGAAUCUCUUUCCUAGCAUACAAGGGAAGAGAAGUGAGCUGCUAUGGGAGGACUGGAGCCCUCUUGUUUCUCCACUGGCAGCUUGCUUUUCCUUCUGUGUUGGAUGGUCCUUGAUCAAAGUGAUGCUGAGGAGAUGUCAAAGUCCAUGUUGGGUGAGACUGCGGGACCCACCUCUUUUCUAGUCCAGUAUUGUCUAAUCCAACUGGCAGAAGCUCUAUUAAGAUCUAACACAAAGGUCUCCCCCAACCGUUCUACCUGAAGUGUUCUGUCUUUUUUUAAAAAUGAAGUUGUCAGGAAUUAAUUUCUGCACAGAAUGCAUGGUGUCCAACAGUCAGCUAUUGCCCCAGCCCAUGGGCUUCACCCAUGUUGGAUCUGUGGCUUCCAGCAUUACUGGAAUAUGGUAUAAAGGAUGUCUGCUGUGGCGGAUCCCAUACCACUAAGUUAUUGUCAGAAGGAGCCCUAAAACAGACCCAUUGCAAGUUGAAAUAUUACUAUGUUAAUCUCAUUAAGGCUUUCCCCCCAUUAUAUAUCUUCAUGGGUUCCUCUGCACCAGAAAUUUGCCCUGGUUUAGCCUAACAUUCAACUUUAAGUACUACGUUGGCCCCAUUUGGAUGUAAUAAAUAUCAAGCCAUGAAGUAUGACUUGCUUAUCCACACUGUGCAUGGGUGCCAUAUUGGUGCACACAGCUGAAGAUCUCCCAUGUAGCUCCUCCCAUAGCUGCGCAGGGAAACAAACUACCUAGUGUUAUAUCUGGCCUAGUGCUAUGUCUGAACCAGUGGUUGUGGUUCAUUUAUCUCCAAACAAACCAUGACCUGCAGCUAGAGUCCGUUCAGGAAACAUAACACUGAUAAUGUUAAGCCGCACUCCUUGGUGCAUUAUCUCACUCAACUAAGGGAGGAGAUGGAAGCACUUUGAACGCACAGCUCAUGCACAGUAUGCUUAAACAAAUCAUACUUUGUGACUUAGUGUUACAUCCGAACGCAGUCGUUGUGGGUGGAUAACAUUACCCAGCUCCAGGAUACUUGGCAGCAGCUGAGAGCAUGGAACUUCAGUGCCUCUGCGAAAUCAACCUUCAGGUUGCAUGCAGCCAAAUUCCGCCCAAAAUAGACUGUCAUGUUCCAUCAAAGUGGAGCAUUUUUCCCAAGAUUUGUGUUCCAACUUAAUGAAACCCACAUUGCCGUGCCCCAUGCACUCGGAAGACAGUGGACUCUAAUGUUUUACACGGAAACAUGAAGCUGUCGUGAGUUGUUUUUUAAUAAAGACUGUAGUCAAAUAUGGUGUGUUUUCAAUUUCAAAAAGAAAGUUAAAUUGUGCCACCUCUAUUGCAAGUCCACGGAAAAUUGGACUGCAAAGUGUGCCUUUAGCAUUUAUUUUCCAACACAAACUCCUAAUAAGUGCUGUUCCACUGGCAGUGUCUGUGUUAGAAAACAGGCAGCAAGUAUAUUGGGCAUACUGCUGUCUCUUAAAUUUAAUGAAAAUGCUUUUAAGACUUGGUGUGUGUGCAUGUGUGUGUGAACACAGCAAGCAACACUUCACCUUUUCAUCCCUCCCCCAAUACCCCAUUAGAUUUUCAGCUCCAUAGGAAACUAAAGAGCCCCUUUUGUCACCGCAAACAAGGACUGGUGAUUGAAUUACAAAGUGAGUGGAAGUCAGGGACGUGGUCUAUGUAAGACUUCCCUAACCUGGUGUUUGACUCCACCUCCCAUCAGACUUAGCCAGCGUGGCCAAGGGUCAGGGAUAGCCAUGCCACAAGUGGACAUACAUUGGUAACCUCAUGAUUAGACGACUGUAAUGUAGGGCUGGGCGAUGUUAGGUUUUCAACAUCGUGAUGCAUCACCAGCCAAUCAUCGCAAUCUGGCAAUACAUCGCAAUGUUGAAAGGGAGGAAUAAGUUGCCUCAUUUUUGGCACUGCAAGACGCUGGGAUGAAGCCACCUCAGCUUGAAGCUGAGGCAGUUUCAAUACAGCUUGCUCCUUCCACCCAGCACUUCUCUGCUGAGGGGCGGGCAGCCACACGCCCCUCAAUGGAGAAGCUUAAAGGAGAAGCCAAGGGAGGAGCAAGCCCGGCCGACUCCGCUUGUUCCUCUCUCAGUGGUAUGAGGACCAGAACAUGGUGGUGGUUUCACCCAGCGGUGUAUCACGGUUGGAAUCGCUGCCACUCCUGAGUCCCUCAGCCACCAGCUCCCGGCUACAGCUUGUUUCUCCCUCAGCACGCUGGGCGCUGAUGGUAGAGGGACUCAGGAACAGCAGCGGUUUUACUCUUGAGUCAUGAUACACCGCCAGGUGAAGCAGCCAUUAUGGUCUGGCCCUCAUACUGGUCCUGGGCGAUGUAGCGAUACAUCGCCCAGGUCUACUGUAAUGCCUUGUAUAUGAUGCUACCCUUGUGCCUGGUUUGGAAGGUGUAGCUAGUGCAAAAUGCAGCUGCUAGGAUACUUAGCAGAACACCAAGUUUUAUACAUAUUACCCCUGUGUUGAAAAAUCUGCACCAGUUGCUUAUUAUCUGCUAAACCAGGGGUCUGCAACCUUUAAGAGAAAAAGAGCCACUUGGACCCGUUUCUGAAGAAAAAAAAACUGGGAGCCGCAAAACUCGUUAUUAUAAAAAUAACUUUUUUGUCACUUUUUUAUUAUUUCUUUGUUUGACCCCUCAGAAUUACACCUCCUCAUAGAAAUAAACGUUAAAUUAACAAGUUACCUUUGUGUGUGUGUGUGUUCUUCACUCCCCUUCAAAACAGUGACCAGCGUACAUGCCCCUUACAAUGUAGCGGGCGGGCGGGCGGGAAGGUGACGUCGGGACGGUGCGUGACUAACGCACGCACCGCCCCCAUGCGACAUCACAGCCAGUACAGUGCCCACCACAGUGGGGCGUGUCAGGGCGCACAAUGCGCCUCCUCCUCCCGCUAGUAUCCGCCCCGGAGCCGCGGCAAAGGUGUAAAAGAGCCACAUGCGGCUCCGGAGCCGCGGGUUGCAGACCCCUGUACUAAACCAAGAUCAGGAUUUUGUUGGUGACAUUUAAAGCUCUAAACAACUAGGAAACAGGAUACUUGGUAGACCACCAACCCCGGUACAGACCAAGCAGAUUUUCAUGAUCUUCUGAGAAGACCAAGUCAGUUAUCACUUGGUGACAACACCAAAGCAAGCCUUCUCAGGGAUAGUGCCCUUCCUCAGGUGGUUUGUGAGGCAGAGACAGUAAUGACCUUUAAACAUUGCUUUAAAACAUGCAGUAUAUGUUUACCUAUGCUUUCCUGGACUCCGAUUCCCAGAUUUUAAUUAUUAUUAUUGUACACUGCUCAGUUUUACUUGUGACGUACAAAUGUUUUGUUUUGAUCUCAUUUUUCUCCAGCUUCUAGGUAAUUGCAUUGACUGUGGGUAUUGUAUUUUUAUCAUUUUAUGUAAAGCGCUUAGAGAUUUAUAUUAUGUUAAGCGAUAUAAAACUUGACAUACAAGUAUGUAAUGCUGAAUACAUAAUACCCAGAGAGUUGGAUGCCAGCCAACCUAAACCCAGAAAUCAUUGUCUGUAACACCAAUGGUAUAUGUUUGAUUGGUAUUUUUGUAUUAGCAGACGUGUAAUGACAUAAAGCUCAGGGAAAUUUAAUAAUGGGUUUGGCAGGCUCCUGCUGAAGGAAAGAGGCAGCCCAGAUGGCUGAAAAUGGCAGCCAAGAAUGUUUUGUUACAUGUCUGCACAAAACUCAUUACAUGUGCAUAAAUAACGAUCUCUUUAACUGCUUCUUCACUAUAUUUAAAACCGUGAUGAUAUGGGGGGGCUGUUUCCAGUUUUUUUUUAAUGAGGCCACUAAAAGACACAUUUUUCUGUGAAAUGUAUUUAUCAGCUAUAAAGAAGAUGCAAUUAACAGCUUACCCUUGUAUUUUCAGUUUUGUUGUAUCCAGUAUAAAGAGUAAGAAAUGCUAUCAUCUCAGCCCAUUGUUGUAAUGCUAAACAGACUUUAGAUGUGCUUAUACAUGUGGCUUUUCAUGAUGUUGGCAAAGGGAUUCUUGCACCGUGUGAGAUUAUUAUUAUUAUUAUUAAUUCAAUUUAUAUACCACCCUUUAUCAGAAAAUCCCAGGGCAGUGUCUGAACCCUAAUAAGCGGAACCAUGGUUUAUUGAAACAAGCCAACUUCAUAAAACCCAGGUUUGAAAUUAUCAUAAAUAACUUAACUGCAACUAGUGAAAACAGAGGCAAAAAAUUGUGAUAGCAUAGGCGAGAGGAGGGAAUGUCAGCCCACAGCUUACUUAUGCUCAUCCCCAUAAUAAUAAACCAUAGUUUGUCAUUGCAUCAGAAUACAACAGGAGCAUAAGAAUUUUAUGCAAACAGAACACUUAAAAAAAAUACGGUAAGUUCCAGAUUGGACAAUUAAAUUUUUUAGAAUGCAUUUCAUGUUGCACAUUUUCUUGCAAAUAAAAUUAAAAAUACAAAUUAGUGUAUAUAGAUUGUUAGGAGUGCCGUCUACCUCCCGUUAGUUGCAAAACUGUAAUUUCAUGUUGAAUUUAUGGAGCUGAAAUAAACUAAUAAUCAUUCAUUAAUCUGUGAUGUGGUUCUGAAAAUGGUUUCCAAGAUACUGCUGUAAUAAAAUGCAAAGGCUGCUCAUCUUCUUAACCGGCAGAAUUUAAAAGGCUGACUCUAUAGUUCUGCGUGAUUCAGUCACCUAAUGAGAAGCCGUCCAUCAGGCCAGCCGUCACCUUAGUCCUUUCAAAUGGCAACUAAAUUCUUGCAGAGCCUUGUCAGGGUCACUUAUUGAUUACUAGUUCUUCUGAAGAACAGCAUUCUUAUUGAUUCACCUACAGUUCACUACCUUCACUUUUACAUACAUACAUACAUACAUACAUACAUUUUGAAUAUAAUCUGGUUUGUUUUGCGUUUUUAUUUGCUUUCCUCUCCAUUCAAAUGCCAGACAGCUAUGAGAAAACAAAGUGCUUAAAUCUCAAACGAUUCCACAUAAUUUUAUAUUUCCACAUGUUAAUUUUUUUAUUGUUUGAUUGUUUCAUCCUUCGGGUGACAGGAGAAGUUAUUUUCAUACAAAGGAAUCAUAUGAGUUGACGUAACAGUAGUCGAAAGGCUAAACUAGACAAGACUGAUCUGCCUUGGUUUUAUGCUUCUAAUAAAGGACUAGAUAGUGGCAGAAUAGAUUUGUGCUAGUAAAACCAUGACCCACUAGAUCAGGUAAAGUUUUGUUAUUGGCUUCAAUAAAAUUAGAUUUAACAUAUGUAUAAAUCUAUACAAACAAUGAAUUGGCUCUUCCUGCUCUUAUAUGUAUCUAUGUUUCUCUGGCUUCCUGUUUCCGCCACUCCAUUCUCUUACUCCUUCCCAGUGUUAGAAACUCAGAUAUAUAAGCCAAGUGCCAAAUGCCUCCUUAAACCAGGGUUACAGUUGCCAAAACAGAACGUCUAGUUGCUGUUUGCGGGGGGGGGGGCAUGUGGCUUGAAAGCCCUAUUUUUCAGUACAACUUUUUGGUUCCUGAAAUUCAUUCUGGUUGUGCAGAUAAAAUAUAGCGGAUAGAAUUCUAUAGGAUGUGUUGUUAGUGUGUGGAAACAGGCAAGAUCCAAGGAUCCUCAGGUAUGCAUCUCCAGAUGGUGAGACUUCAGGCACAAUCCUGGUAACUGGACAUCUUCACAUAGUCACAAGUGGCCGAGAGCUAGGUACAAAAUGUUUCUGGCACUUGGCGAAUUUCAAAGGCUGAUCCCUCCAACCCAGUUUUCAGGCUUUGCCCUCUUCUCCUCUCAGACUCUCCACAUUUCUGACUGCUGAGUUAUUAUGUGUUUGUAUUAGGAAUCCCUUCCCCACAUAGGUUUGGUGGUGGUGGUGGCUGGGUUUUUGGCAGAUUCUUCGUUUUGUUGUGUACUUCAGGGUUAUGCUGAACCCGCUGGUAUUUCUCUCUUCUGUGUCGGUGGUUCAGUUUUGGCUACACAAACAGGAGCAUGGGGAGACUUACAUUUGAAAAUAGAAUCCUGAUUAUAUAUGUACGUUCCUUGUGUAUACACUCGCAAAUGUGCAAAGAUGAACUGGGAACGUGGGACGUGUUGCUAGUUUAAAUAAUCAUCUCUGCCUUUAUUUUCAUCGCUAGGUUAUUUGGAUGGCACUGCAAAAAAAUUAUUGUUUGGUGCCUUGUUCAGUUGUGCGUAAGGUCAAGUUCACACUUUGCCUGUAUGUCUCUCAUCACUUUAGUGCUUGAUGAUGCACAGCUUUUUGAGACGAUGUCGAAGUUCAUGGUUCUCUUUCCUCCCUCUCCCCCUUCCCCAUUUUAUCAUCUCAGUGACCCUGUGAGUCAGGUUGGGCUGAAAAAGAGUGAUUGGCCCACGGUUACUCUGUAAGCUUCAUGACUCGCUUGGAUCCUAGCCUGAUCCUCUCUUAAGUCCUGCAACACACCGGCUCUCGUUCAUCCUUGAAAACCAUCCAUUGGCUUUUGAGAGGUGAUGAGCAUACAUGUAUGAAUCAGCCCUUAUUUUUAAGCACAUGCUGGGUGUAUACUGGUUUAGAACCAGAAACAUUUAAGAGGCAAUGGCUAGUGGUGCCUGCCUGCCUGCCUGCUUGCACAACAGCAAUGAGGCUUCUGGCAGAGCAGAUUUGCGGAGUGUGGCAGAACGGAAAAAGUCAUCCUGUGUGCAGGUAGAGCCCUGCUUCUGCGAUGAUGGAGCGCACACUAUGUGUUCCCCCUUUUUUCCUUGUAUCAGUUUGAAGCAGUUGUGUUCGGUGGCCAAAACAAGCACAUAAGUGAUACGUUUCAGUUUACGAACAAAAUGAUCCAACUUACUCCGACUUGUUGCCUUUUGUAAAUUUAGGGGUCAGAUCGGAAGGUAAGCCUGCAGUCGCCGGAACAGAAAAUCAGUGGGAGAAAAAUGUUUUAAGCCUGCCGUGUCUGCCUUGGAAAAUCUAAUAAGGUCGCUUUGUAAAAAUGAUUAAACAUUUCUGUACAUUCUCGCUGCACUAGAGCCAAUGAUGAUGUAAUUAGCACCACGUGACCUUUGCUUUAUGCUUUCAGAUGGGAUCCAUAAAUAUUUAAUAACACGGGAGACUCUCUGUUCUCUCUUCAUAAAAGAAGGAAAGCUCUUGUCAGCCGCAGCGUGGCCCUGCCUUCGGAAGUCGCAGCACGAUGACUUGCUUGUGCUAAACCGUAUCAAAUCCAAUUGCUUGCUUCCCCGAGUCCAGCUAGCUUGAGUCAGCCAUGCAAGGAACUAUGCAGCGCUUGAUGAAUUCGCGAGAAACUGUGUUUGCCUGGGGCUGCUUCUGCAUCGCCUGCAGAACGGACCUGGGCCGGUAGCAGGGAACAAGACAAUGGCUUCAGCGUAGUGCGAUCCCACGCUCCCAGAACAUGAAUGCGACUCUGCUAUUUAUUUAUUAUUUAACUUUUGAAACUGUAUGUCCCACCAUAUCGUUGAAGCCUCUAGGCAGGGCACAUGUCAGUAGUGCAUGGCAUGGAUGGGGCGCCAUUUGUCUGGUUCCCUCCUGCACGGUUGUCUUGUCCGCCUGUGUGCUGCUGUAUUGUCCGCUCACGCAGUGUUGAAUUGGCUCCCAGCCUUUGGGCUGCACAUGUAAAAGUGGACCUACACAGAGUAGCCAUGACAACACAGCAAGUGGAAACCGGAGGGAACAUGCCGGAAAAGCUUUGCUUUUAACUUCAGGCCUCCUUUGCCUUGUUAUUUUGGUUCCAUCAGCCGCUAAUGCUCAGUGCUGGUUUGUUUUACGGGGAGCUACCGUCCUUGAGGACACGGGUGGCGCUGUGGGUUAAACCACAGAGCCUAGGACUUGAUGAUCAGAAGGUCAGCGGUUUGAAUCCCCGCGACGGGGUGAGCUCCCGUUGCUCGGUCCCUGCUCCUGCCAACCUAGCAGUUCGAAAGCACGUCAAAGUGCAAGUAGAUAAAUAGGUAAGGUAAAUGGCAUUUCCGUGUGCUGCUCUGGUUCGCCAGAAGCGGCUUAGUCAUGCUGGCCACAUGACCCGGAAGCUGUACGCUGGCUCCCUCGGCCAAUAAAGCGAGAUGAGCACCGCAACCCCAGAGUCGUCUGCGACUGGACCUAAUGGUCGGGGGUCCCUUACCGUCCUUGCUCCCACUGCUCUCCAACCCCACCCCGUUGCAAACUCCUGCAGUUACAUGUGGACACCUCCCCCAUAGCUCUCCUCACAGCCAUCCCCUCAGGGUUCACCCCAAAUACAGCUCCCAACAGCUUGCCCAAAUCCCCCUUCCCUCAGAAGCUUGCCCAGUCCCACCAUGCCCCCUGUCACUGCUGCUUCCGGUAAGGGGGCAACAGGAACAAAUAGGAGAAAUUUGACUUUCUUCCCCCUCGUUGCUCUCCUGCCCUGUGGCAGCAGCUGCCCUGUCCCCCUGGCCUGGAUGUUGUCACCGGUGGAACUGAACUGGUGGGGAAGGGAAGAAGAGUGCUUUUGGCAUGGAGAAGAAAGCCAGAACCCACCCCGUUGGCAUUGGUAAAGGAGAAGGGCGACUCCAUCAAGCCCCCUCCUCUGGGGAUUCUGCCAUCAAGGGAAGAACUGGGAGUCAGGAGCUGCCCACCUCUGCAGGAAACUCCUUACAUGCACAUAAAUCACAAUCUCUUUAGCUGCUUUGAAAACAGCAAUGACAUUGGAGAGGGGGCAGGAGGGAUAUUCCUUUUUUAAAAAUUCCAGGGCUGUUAAAAAAGCUUGAGGACAGGGGCCAUCUUAGACCUGAUUUCUGUCAGUCAAUAUGAGAGCUUCAGGGCAGGGUAUAAAUUCUGCAAAUAAAUAAUAACAACAACAAGCGUUAGCCUCUUCCAGACUCUUCACAGACUGUUCCUCUUAUAUGAAGAGACCAGUUGCUUUCUGCACCAACUAAUCUCUUCCUGCCCCUUCUCCCAGCCACUGUCCAUUCGAAGCCAGUUUUUCACACUUCAUCCUUUCAUCCAAGUGGCCUUUGUCCCCCUGCUCCUUGCAUGAAACAUAACCCUUCACUCUGGCUCUUCCUUUCAGUUACCAGAACCUCCAUUCAGGUGUCAGUUUCAAGAGCGGCAUGCGUCAGAGACUACAGUAGAGACCUCUGGUGCCUAUGUGCCGCUAUGACUUCUGCACAAGGCACAAGAGAAAACAUAACUUUCAGGGCACUGCAUUCAUAAGGACUAAAAAUAUCCCUCUUAAAAACGUGAAAGGUGAAAAAUCGAACAUUUUCCCCUUCCCCCCCAGAAACAAGGUGCUUAAGACAUGGGUAGGCAAACUAAGGCCCGGGGGCCGGAUCUGGCUCAGUCGCUUUCUAAAUCCGGCCCGGAGUGCAGGAUAAUUGUCAGUCUUUAGGCUGGAGGACUGGCCAUUAAAGAGACUAUACUGCUCUAAAGAGACACAGAAUGUAGGAGAGCUGGCCUGGAGGCAAGACUCAAAAGGCCUCAGGUUUUGUUACAUCCUUCUCAGAGAAAGUUGCUCACUAGGACCUCUGCUUGCUAACCUGCCCCAUGGGGUCCUCCAUGGAACAAGAACAGGACAUGCAUUUUGGAACUUCUUGAUUAUGUUGCUUUCUGUGAGCUGUUUCUUGUGAGCCUGUCCUCUCCAGGUCUUCACCUGUUCUGGACACCAGUCUGCCUGCCCCUCUUUUCCUACUUCUGAUUCUGCACAGAUCAGGGGUAGGCAACCUAAGGCCCAUGGGCCGGAUGCGGCCCAAUUGCCUUCUCAAUCCAGCCCGCGGACAGUCCGGGAAUCAGCAUGUUUUUACAUGAGUAGAAUGUGUCCUUUUAUUUAAAAUUCAUCUCUGGGUUAUUUGUGGGACUUGCCUGGUGUUUUUACAUGAGUAGAAUGUGUGCUUUUGUUUAAAAUGCAUCUCUGGGUUAUUUGUGGGGCAUAGGAAUUCGUUCAUUGUUUUCUUCAAAAUAUAGUCCAGCCCACCACAUUGUCUAAGGGACGGUGGACUGGCCCACAGCUGAAGAAGGUUGCUGACCCCUGGCACAGGUGUUCUUCCCUAGUCAAUUGAAAGCAGGAAUGGGGAGCCUCUAGCCCACCAGAUGUUGCUGAACUACAAUGGUCUCAUCCCUGAUCAUUAGCGAUGCUGGAUUGGUCUGGUGGGAGUUGAUGUCUGACACCAUCUGAAAAGCCACAGAUUUCCUGUUCCUGAUUUAAAGUCUCUACUGCUAAGAGGGUAUUAACAAGGACACUGUCUGAGAAUGGUUCCUUCAGACUGCUUUGAAAUAAUUUAAUAAUGUUGUGCUAGCACAUUACAUUCAUUGUGAUGAUUCAUUCAUAAGAUUUUCAAUUGAUUACCUGAUGUGCUCCUUCUCAAGCUUGGAAUUUGAAAAGAGUUGUAAACAAGGGAGCCGACGUACAGCUUCCGGAUCAUGUGGCCAGCAUGACUAAGCCGCUUCUGGCGAACCAGAGCAGUGCACGGAAACGCCGUUUACCUUCCCGCCAGAGCGGUACCUAUUUAUCUACUUGCACUUUGACAUGCUUUCAAACUGCUAAGCUGGCAGGAGCAGGGACUGAGCAACGGGAACUCACCCUGUCGCGGGGAUUAGAACCACCAACCUUCUGAUCGGCAAGUCCUAGGCUCUGUGGUUUAACCCACAGCGCCACCUGCAUCCCUGAUCUCAAGGUAAUUAACUGUUAAAUGUGGACAUCUUUUUUGUUCCCACAGGGGGGAAAUCUGAUUAGCAUUUGAAACUGCAACCCUCUUUGUAAACAUCUGCUUUCACUCUUAAAAUUCAAAGUAAAAUGAAAAACAUAGCACUCAUGCUGGUUCGCAUCAGUGUCCUUCCAAGUAAGCCACUGACUGUUUCCUGAGAGGGGAAAAACACAUACCCUUGUAUUUCUGCCUGUAUUAAAUGACUGGUUUGUUCUCCUGCUGUGCAAUGCAGUGUAAUCAUGACAUCAUGAAAUGGUGUCACAGCUUAAACCAAACCAUAGAUUCUGUUGUAGCGAACGAUCAAUGCCAUUUUAAGAUCAUCUGCUUACUAAGGUGUGUUGUAGAUGUGACUGCCCUCAUUUAAAUGCCACUGAGAGGUCUUCUCUGUGACCCCCCCCCCAUCCCAUGGAGGGUGCUUUGAAUUGCUCCCACAGCCUGUGCCUUCCAUGCAUAAGGCCCAUGGUCCAAUCCUGACAUCUCCAAUGAAAGCGUAUAAAGUUGCACUGGUAGAACAUCCCUUUGCCUGAGACCCAGGAGAGAUGCUGCCAGUCAGUAGAAGCAAUAAUCAUUCUCAGCUGCAGCAACUCCAUACACUUUCAUAGAUCCAUAACUUCGCACUGUCACCCAAAUAAAGAAACCUUAGCUGAUUGAUCAUCUGUUUUUUAAUUUAUUCUUGAUACAUUAAAUAUGCAUAAAUGUGCAUAUCGAAAACAUUUAUGUCUGAAGAAAAAGAACAUAUUUUGUACUUCACACUUGUGUUACAGCAGAUGCCGAUUUAGAAGAGGCAUUUCUGAGUCUUUGGAGGUUGCACUAGCCUAACUGCAUUUUUCCAAAGUGCUAGUAUUUUAUUUCAUUUUUUAAAACCUUUAUUUUUAAACCUGCUGCCUAAUUUAAGUAGGGGCACCUUUUUAAACAGAACAAUCUAAGCAGCUGAUUGUUGCAGCUGUAGUCUUCCACUAUGCAUCAACUGAUGUACAGUGGUACCUCAGGUUACAAACACUUCGGAUUACAAACUCCGCUAACCUGGAAGUAGUACCUUGGGUUGAGAACUUUGCCCCAGGGUGAGAACGGAAAUCGCAUGCUGGUGGCGCAGCAGCAGCAGGAGGCCCCAUUAGCGAAAGCGUGCCUCAGGUUGAGAACAGUUUCAGGUUAAUAACAGACCUCCGGAAUGAAUUGUUAGAGACCCGAGGUACCACAGUAUUGGAGUCUACGGGCAUCAGUUUUGCCAUUGGCAGGGCAUUGGUUGGCAUUGGCAGACACUGGCUGAAGCAGCUGGUGACCCUGGAAGAUAAGGAGCUUCCUGGGUUGACCAUAAUACUGCCACCAUGGCCCGCAUAACUCACUGAGCUUUUAUUUUGGUGUAUUAAAGUUCCUUUCAAGUGUUUGGUGACAUUUAUCCUUGAUAGGCCAUUUAUGUAAAUGAGCUCUUUAAUGAAGUCUGCAUUUUAAAUUAGAUACAUUUUUAUUUUAAAAGAAAAUCCUCUUUGCUUUCUUAUUCUUUAUAAUACUUGAAUUAACUACGAAUGUUUCUUAUGGGAAUACUUUUAAUUCCCAUCUCGUACAGGUUAAUCGCAGUAAUAAAAAGAGCUUCCUUGCUUGUCCUUUAAGGGGUUGGCAUACUAAUGAGACUGUUUGGAAAGCUCUGAUGAAAACCAUCUAUUUGCCUUUUUAAAAACACAUUAAGUGUGACCUUCCUUUAAAAUUGAUAUACCUCUGUCAUUAAUUUGGAGGUGGGAAAAGAAACAAAAGUGAGAGAAGCACUUUGCUUUUUAUAGCAAGUCCUAUUGAGGUCUGAUACAGAUUAUGUUUGGGUUUGUUUGUUUUUUGCCAAAUAUGCCACCCAAUAACACUCUCUGGUUAAAAAUCUGUGGUAGUGUUCAUUUAACAGUGUCAUCUGCUACCCUAACAUAAAAUUCAAUGUAAUGCUCCCAAAAUCAGUGUAAUGCUUGUUCACCUCUGUAUCUGCCUCCCUACAUCUCACCCUUUAAUGUAAAGUCUCCCUGUCUUUCCCUCAUCAACCUCAACCAUGGUUAAUAGAUCAAAUGGAUUUGGUUUCAUUUUGCAUUAGGAUCAAAAGACCUUGCUGGCCAUGAGAAAUUAAUAGGCCAAAUUUCACUGUGUUGUGAAUUCCAUCUGUCAGGUUUAGAAUAAGGUAGGAUUAAAAAAAACCUUUAACAAAUAAAAUAAGGCUACCAGCAUGAGUUUUCUCGCAGCUACCAGCAUGAGUUUGACCAAACUCCGGGAGGCAGUGGAAGACAGGAGUGCCUGGCGUUCUCUGGUCCAUGGGGCACGAAGAGUCGGACACGACUAAGCGACUAAACAACAACAAGGAUUUUAAAAAACCCUUUAACAAAUAAAAUAAAGCAGACUUGAGGAAGGGGUGAAGAGUGUGCAUAUGUAUACUUCGCUGAGACCACCAAAGUCAUCACGUGCCAAGGAUGGCUAGCUAAGAGCUAAGCCACUCAUUGCCCAGGAUUGUUCAAGUGGAAUUCCACUUGAACGACAGGGCUUCCCUUCCUCUUCUCCUAUGGAAGCCACCAACCCACCCAGAAAAUCUUCUCAGGAGAGUUGGGGAACCUCCAGAACAGAUUUAGGAGCACACAGGAGGCCUGCCUGGAGGGAGCAGGGGAGGAAGCAGAAGGCCCUUUACUCAAGAAGAGGCCCAUAGCACAAUCAAGCAGGUAUUUUGCAUGUCUCCUGCAGUUGCCUUCUUGGCUCAUGAUUAUUAAAUUCACACUGUAAGUGUUUUUGCCUCAGCUAUAUGUAUGUAUGCUAUAUUUAUAUCCCACCUGUACAUUUCUGUGAGGAAGGAUAGACUAGAGAUAAUUACAUGCCCAUGGCCAUCCACCUGGCUUUAUAGCUAAGUGGGGAGUUGAACGUAGACUUCCAUCAUUCAAGCCCAGCAUACAGGUAUAAUGUUUUGUUUUUUUGUUUUGAUUACAGCACUAUAAAACUCCCCCCCCCCCCCCCCGCUGCUUCAUGUUUCCUGGGGCUUACAGGUUUGCUUGGAUUGAAAUCAAUAUUUCAUCUAGUUAGCUUUUGGGAGAUUAGGCGAUACACCACAACCAAGCAUAAAAUCAUUAUAAAGCCUCUAUAGGGUUUCACCUGUUACAAUUAUGAAAAUACGUAUUUCUUCCUCCUUUUGAGCAUAUCCCUACAGCUGCUAUUUGGUGCCUGUAAAAGUCUCUACCUGCUGCCAUUUUGUGACUCGUGGGCCUUGUGCUCUUAAAUUCAGCUCUCUCAAGUGGACCUUGGGGGUAGGAAUUUUAAGAGCCCCUGAUACUGCAGAAGUAAAAAAUAGCUCAUUAAAACUGAUGAUCAGCGCAUUCAUGAUGCUAGAAGAAUGAUACAUUAAAGGAAAGGCAAUAAUACUGAUAUCCAACAUUCUGAGUCCGCAUAUCAGCUAAUUUACAAAUUUUAAUGUGAUAAUAUGCCAUCUACCCCUUAUAUCUUCCUUUUUCCCAAAAAUGGUUCUCAUUUACUUCCUCUCAGGAUGAAUUCUUGCCCGCACUUCUAGUUCACAAAUCCUCUUUUCUAAAAAGGCUUCCCCCAAACAUAUAAGACAACUGGCAAAUAUAUGAAGGAGAAAAUAGGAGUGCAAAGUGUUUCCGUAUUUAUAGCUUUUGAUGUGCUGAAUAGAAGUGGAAUAAUAGGCCAAAUUUAGAUGCUAAGACAGAUACCUGCUGUUGAAUACAGCAGCCUUGCAUCAGCAGUGGGGGAACUGGAUCCAGCCAGCCAAGUCCUCCACCUUCCAUGGGCCAACAUUGGCAGGUGGGCAGGACCACACACCUAUCCAGCAUAAUGAUGUCAGGUAAUGACACCUGUGAAAGUUCAAAGGGGGUCAGUGUAGCUGCCCAUCAGCGUACAUCUUCUCUCCAAACCCCUCCCCACUCCACUAAUACCUAGUAAUACAAGCUAUCUAUAUCUGUUUCAAUCACACAAAGUAGUCGUGUUAGGGGAGGCUGAUCUGAACUGGGGCUGCACUACAGAGGAAGAUGGGUCAUCUUUUGCCCCUGCAACACAACUCCAAUCCAUAUCCAAUGUAGGUCUUCCUUCCACUGCUAUUAGCAGCUUUGGGAGUAUUAUUUUGUUUGCUUGCUUGUUUGUUGAAUUUAUAUACCACCCUAUACCCGGAGGGCUCAGGGUGGUUAACAGAAAAUAUCACAAUAUAUAAAAUCUAAAUUAAAACAAUAGCCCAAUAACAACUCCCCCAAAAGAGCCACAUUUUAAAAGGGCAUAGGAUGUCAGUCAGAUCAACCAAAGGCCUGGUUAAAAAAGGAACAUUUUUGCCUGGCGCUUAAAGGUGUAUAAUGAAGGUACCAGGCAAACUUCCCUAGGGAGAGCAUUCUACAGAAGGGGAGCCACUGCAGAGAAGGCCCGUUCUCGUGUUGCCACCCUCCGGACCUCUCGAGGAGGAGGCACAUGAAGAAGGGCCUCAGAAGAUGAUCUCAGGGUCCAGGUAGGUUCAUAUGGAAAGAGGCAGUCCUUGAGGUGUUGUGGUCCUGAGCCAUUUAAGGCUUUAUAGGUCAAAACCAUAAAGGUAGCCAGUGCAUUCGGACCAGGGUCAGUGUAAUAUGCUCAAACCGUCUUGCUCUGGUGAGCAACCUGGCUGCUGAAUUCUGCACUCGCUGAAGUUUCCAAACCAUCUUCAGAGGUUGUUUAGAUUGGUGCUGGUACAGAGAGUUAUAUACAAACCCCUGCCCUGCUCCAAACCCAGCUCUCCCUGCAUGUCUGCUUUUUGUAACUGAAAAUGAGGUCAAGAAUUCUAGCCAUGGAAGUCCUGGACUUUGUCGUUUGACCCUUGACCUUCGCAAAAAGAGCCAGGCAGACACUGGGAGCUGUUCUUGCCUGGGGGCAAGUAAGAAGUAUAUGCCCCUGGGUCACCCUAUGCAGAACGCGCUGAACAUCUGGUUCUAGUAUAUCGCUUUGUUAAAACAAUGGAACAAUCUCUUAAGUGUUCAAAAGCACAGGGGAAUCCCAGCAGGCAUGUAGCAUCUGAACAUGAUCUGAAAUAUAAGGCUUCUUUGAAAUGGACCACAAAGAUAAUAUUGGUGCCACUGAGCUCCAUUUUCUUUGUGUGUAGAAUCUGUGACCUCUGGGUCACGCUUUCAGUCCUAUCACAGUUCUGCUUAUAAAGCAAAGUUGUCGGCUCCAAGUAUUUAAAUCAUCUUCUAGCUAAUGCUAUUCCGAGCUGCAUCAACUGAAGGCGACCACAUAGUUCCCAUUGAAAAUCAGUGGGAAUAUCCCAUGGAUUUCAAUGGGAACUAAAUGGUCACCUCAUGUCCCUUCAGAUCAUGAGAAUUCUCAGUAUUGUACCAAGCAGGCAUUGCCUUCUCAUUUAGAGAAGCACCCUAUGCAAUCUUUUGCCGUCUUCCUUUUCGAUUUUCCAAAGAGCGACAGUAUUUGGAUGUUCAAUAAAAAUAAAAAUGUUGCCUUGUUUUGGUAAAAUGUGAUGGGAUCUUUGUAGAUGGCAAGGGCUGUGGCAAGGAGGUGACAUUCCUCAUGCUUAGCACCAAGCUAUCUACUCUUGAUUUUACAAACUACUCCACUUUAGAUUCAGGUAGGUAGCUGUGUUGGUCUGACGCAGUCGAAAUAAAAAGAAAAUAAAUAAAAAAUUGUCCAGUAGCACCUUAUAGACCAACUAAGUUUGUUCUGGUAUAAGCUUUCGUGUGCAUGCAGUAUCUGAAGAAAUGUGCAUGCACAUGAAAGCUUAUACCAGAACAAACUUAGUUGGUCUAUAAGGUGCUACUGGUCAGUUUUUUAUUUUUAUUACAUCACUUUAGGCAUUGCCGUAUCACCUUUUGCAUCAAAAGAUUAGAGUGGGCGGCCAUUCUAAUUGCACUUCCUAUUCCUCUUUGCUGAUAGACUUUAAUAUGAUCCUUUUGGAUCCUACGCUUUAAAAAAUGUGGUUUCUGAGGUUUUUUUCCCUUUUGAAAAAUAAUUGCUGGAUACAAGUACCUCUUCCACCUGCUUGCCCUCCAAUGUUUUUAGAUAUUCUUGGAACUGGAAAAUGAGCCUUGUUGUGAUGCUCAUUAAAACCGAAUGGUCAGCUUUAUAGAACUGCCAGUAAGAAUGUUGUGGGUGAUGGUCCAAAUUGACAGGUGCCUUAACUUUGAAGGUGGCACUUUUUCUGAUACAGUGAUAUAUUCGUUAUAACUGCAUAUAAGCACACAAAAAUAAAUAAAUUCACACAGCGAACCAGGGUUGAAAUCAUCUCCCUGGACUUGUAACAGAAUGGAAUGCUUUCAGAUUUAUAAAAUAGUUUCUGGAAGUGAGGCAGCCAAGUUGCCUGUGCCUAGUGGAAAUGCAUGAAAGGACAAAAAUGUUUCCAAACAAAUGUUAGAUGGUGUCAAUGGAGAAUGUGUCAUGCAGUUGGCUUUUUGGUUAAGUGAUGACUGGUCUUGAUACGUUGGUUCGAGCUCAGAGGCAGGUUCUACACGGCACAAGUAAGAGAAAUUUAGGUAAUCAGGUUUUACCAUAUUCCACAGAUCUGAGCACCAGUUUAACAGCACAGUCCAAACCCAUGAUCCACCAGGAUGCAAGUUUGGAUUUGGCAGUUUUGGGGCUUUCUCGACUGAGCCAGGGCUCAGUUUGGACUACACCAGCGCAAGUCAAUCUCCCUAGCUUUGCCAGGGCUCACCCAGUGGAACUUACACAGGUUUAAGUCAUCAAAAAGGGAUGUUCUAGGGACAGGAUGGGGCAAAGAGAGACUCACAUCUAUCUUUUUUUCAGUCUUUUAUUGUUUGCUGGAUUAAACAAGUGCUCCUGUGAACAUAGGAGUCUUGAAGGCUUAACACUUGUUGUGUUGUUAUUUUUAAAAGAGGUGGCCAACAUUCUGAAAUUACAAAGCAAAACUUAAAAGUUUGACACUAUCUGAAGCGCAGGCAUAUCAUUUGCCCACCUGGGGAGUCAAUACAUCAAGGGUCUUCUGCACAAUACGUGGUUAUUGCUUUUCAAAAACUGCCAUAGAUACCAGUCAGUUUUCUAGUAGUUGCUACAAGCUUGAUUGAAAUUGCAGCUUGUGAUUUAUCCAGUGAACUCCAUCUUUUAAAAUAGGCAGCCUGUAUGGAGGGUUAAUUGGGAGCCAGAGCAGAAUUGCCUUGGGGUGACAAGUGUAUAUUCACUAGAUGUGUUGUUUGUUCUUUCUGCAUAUGUACCAUAAUGAACAGUAGCCAGAGAAAUAGAUCUGUUAAAAGGCUUUCUCAUGCUAAGAAGAAUAUUUGCAAUUGCUGUGACAGUGCAACACUGCCAUCUGUCGGCUAACACAUAUUUCUUUUUCUUUUUUUAAGUUAGACACAGAUUCGCUCGAAAUUAAAAGGUGUUCAUAAAGAUGGAAGCCUAUUUCUGAAUUAUUUAACGGUCCAGUUUAAAAAUCUGGACUUCAUGAAAAUUAUUUGAAUUGAUUAUAAACGCAUGGACUCAGAAAGCAUUCCACAGGAACAAAGAAGGGGAAAUUAGGGUUGUUCAUGCAUUACACUGGGACGCGGGUGGCGCUGUGGGUUAAACCACAGAACCUAGGACUUGCCGAUCAGAAGGUCGGCGGUUCGAAUCCCCGCGACGGGGUGAGCUCCCAUUGUUCUGUCCCUGCUCCUGCCAACGUAGCAGUUCGAAAGCACGUCAAAGUGCAAGUAGAUAAAUAGGUACCGCUCCGGCGGGAAGGUAAACGGCGUUUCCGUGCGCUGCUCUGGUUCACCAGAAGCGGCUUAGUCAUGCUGGCCACAUGACCCGGAAGCUGUCUGCGGACAAACGCCGGCUCCCUCGGCCAAUAAAGCGAGAUGAGCGCCGCAACCCCAGAGUUGGUCACGACUGGGCCUAAUGGUCAGGGGUCCCUUUACCUUUACCUUUUUAUGCAUUACACUGACUGCAGUUACAAGCUGUCUCCUUACUUGCAUAAAUGUUUGUUUGAAAGUGUAUACACGUGUUGAUCUGUACAGCUCAGCUGUUGUGUACACAGACUGUACACUCGUUGAACAUUACAUGUGAAUUACUGGACAAGCGUAUAGCUCAGCUAUUUUUGUACAUAGAUUCUAUAUUCAUCAGAUGUAACAGAUAAACGCACCUGAUGAGGAUCCCAUGUACACAACAUAUUAGGGCGUGUCAUUUUAGGGAAACUUAAUUUUUGUACAUUUCUUCAGGGAAGCUUAAAAAUGUGUUUUUGGGUGAGGAAUUAAAAAUCUGUUAUUAUUUUUAGGAUUAGACAUUUGGUAUCAUUUGGUAAAUCUGUGCUUGAUUAAAAAGCACAUAAACUGAUCUUGGAAAAAGAUUUUUACUUUUACCUUCUGAAAAUGUCCAGUAAUGCCAAAUAAUAAUAAUAAGAAAUAGUAUUUAAUAUAUAAUAUAACUGCAAGUACUUGGUGAUCAUUUUUAAUGAUUUCUAUGCAGUUUUACACACAUUUUACUUGCCAAGCAAAACUAAAUUUCAUUAAUUUAACCAAAAGUAUAUUUUGAAUUCCCAAGUCAUUUUACAAGUUUUUAGCACCCCUCAUUUUUGGAAUUUGAAAGCUAAAAAAUUCAACAUACCCUAACAACAAAUGGAACCAUGAACCAUGAAGUUACUUCAGUUCAGGAUCAGUUUAUUAUCUGUGCUGUGGACAAGGCUGGUGUCCUAAUGCAGAUUGUUCUGCCAUUCCCUUUAUGGUACAGAAAAGCUCCAAAUAUCCAGGAACUUACCAUAGAAAAGUAGUGUUACGGUCGAUUUUUCAGGGCAGGAGCUCAUCAUGAUAGCCUCUAUAGCCACAUGCCCAAUGAAGUGUAGCGUUGAUCCACCAUUUACGUACGUGUACACACAUCAAAAAUUAGUACAUAACUACUACUUAUUAUUAUUAUUAUUGCUAUACCUCUUUAUAAUCUCAAAGCGGUUUACAACCUAUAUUGGAGCAUCAGAUAAAACAAUCCAGAACAAAACUUUCAGUAUACAGUGGUACCUUGGGUUAAGUAAUUAAUUCGUUCCGGAGGUCCGUUCUUAACCUGCAACUGUUCUUAACCUGAAGCACCACUUUAGCUAAUGGGGCCUCCUGCUGCCGCUGCACCGCCAGAGCACAAUUUCUGUUCUCAUCCUGAAGCAAAGUUCUUAACCUGAAGCACUAUUUCUGGGUUAGCGGAGUCUGUAACCUGAAGCAUAUGUAACCCGAGGUAACACUGUACAUUCAGAGCAACAUAAAUAACAGGAAACUAAAAUAUUACCUUAAAGAUUUCAAAAUAAAAUAUUACAAAAGAGGUCAACUACAGAAUGCACAUUUAGCCCAAACGUUAACAAAAUAAAUCACAAACAUUUCAAAAGGAAGCUUUACUAAAGUAAGUCAAAUAUAAAAUACACAUUUAAAACAGCAUAAUUAGCAAGAGAAUAAAAUAUUAUCCUAAGCCUAGAAGGUAUCUGCUGCUGCUGCUGCAAAUCCUGCCAAUGGUGGUUCCUGGCCGGGGGGGGGGGGGGCGGCUGUGGUCACUAAGGCUCAGUGACCUGGGUCUGCACUAAGAGACAGCCAAGACUAUGCCAUUUAUUAGGAUCAGCACGGUUCUAAUGCUGUGCGGACUUCCCUGAAAGUAAGCUCCACUAAACUCUGUGGCACUCACAUCUGACUGCAUAGGUUCAACCUGUAAAAUACGCUGAGCUUUAACAAAAGAUCUUAAUCCAGCUGAAAUGCACCCUUUAGCUUUUAGUUAGAAAUGCUAGCAAUCUUGCAAAGACGAAAACCGCUAGCAUGAAGUAGGAACCCUAUCGAAGAAAAGGAAAAGAGUCGCCAGCCUCUGCUUGAUUAUUUUCCUUGUUCUCACUUCAUUAGCUUGGCAGAUCAAGGAGCAGUGGCGUAGCGGGGGGGUGCAGGGGGGGCCGGGCGCAACAUCUGGGGGGGGCGCUCGCACUCGCAGCUCUCUGCCCCUACCGGGUUAGGGGGCUCAAAUUACUUGCCUUGCCCCGGGUGCUGACAACCCACGCUACGCCACUGUCAAGGAGCCUUUUGUUCUGAAAGGAGUCUUGGAGCUUGGCUUCCCACACUCCCCUUCCUUUAUACCACUGGCUAAGACACCUUUAGAAAAACAGUUUUGCACGCAGGAAUCUUGAUACAGUGGAACCUCGGUUGUCGAACGUAAUCCGUUCCGGAAGACCGUUCGACUUCCGAAACUUUUGACAGCCAAGGCGCAAUGGAUGGUUAGGAAUUUCAAUGGAGAAAAUUGAGAAGUGCGCCUCAGAAGCCGUUCAACUUCCAAGGUGUGUUCGAAAACAGACACAAUUACUGUAUUUUUCGCUCUAUAAGACACACUUUUCACCUCCUAAAAAGUAAGGGGAAAUGUGUGUGCGUCUUAUAGUGCGAAUGCAGGCGGGAGGCUCUGCUCAGCGCUCCCUUUAAAGAGCUGCACACACACUCCGUGUGCUCUUUAAAGGGAGCGUGGCUCUUGGGGGAGCCUUCUGCCUUAGCCGCGCACAGCCUCUCCCGGGCAGGGGGAGCCUUCAUCCCGCUGCCUGGGAGAGGCUUCGCGUGGCUAUCCCAGAAGCCAGGACAGCAAGAGGCUAUCCCAGAAUCCAGAUCCCUCUUGCUGUUCUGGCUUCUGGGAUUCAGAAUAUUUUUUUUUCUUGUUUCCCUCCUCCAAAAACUAGGUGCGUCUUAUGGUCUGGUGCGUCUUAUGGAGCGAAAAAUACGUCUUAUAGAGAGAAAAAUACGGUACUUCCAGGUUUUCAGUGUUCAGAAACUGAAAAGUUCAGCUUCCAAGACACUCGAAAACCAAGGUUCCACUGUAUGUUGACUUGUAAUAACUUGGUCAACUCCGAACUCUUACAGACUUCAAGGAUAAUAGAUUCUGGGAUAUGAUUCAGGGAGUUGGCAGAAAUCACUCCCGUGCAUGAAGGGAGAAGCCACUUACGAUCUGAGGUGCUGAUAUGAACUUAUAUAUGUAGCACCGAAUUCACAGCUCUUAACUGAGGCGAUGAGAGGGAAGGGGUUGCAGGAUACACACGACCUUUCGAAUGUCAGCGAGAUAAAAAGUUAAUGGUCACAGAAGGUCCAGACAUUUAUAUUUACUCGCACGAUACACUGUCUGGAAAAACAGUGGAAACGGCUUUUUUUUUAAUAAUCCAGCUCUCUCAGACAACGUAACUGCAACUUAUGAAAGUAAGCUUCUCUUCUGAAAAGAAUCAGGGCAAAUUCUGAACACAUUUCUCUCGCCUGUUCAUGCAUUUGGUUACAGGCAGCCAAUGCUAAGUUUAAGGAUUGCAUCCAUAAAUAGCUUGUGGUGAAAUGGAGAAUAAAUAUGUGGUGUGGUGUUUGGUUGUUUUUUUAAGAAGAAGCCUGGGUUCUUCAUUCAUCUUAAAGCAAUAAUACAGAAAAAAGUAAAAUGUGAAAAACUUGUAUUUGCUGGGGAAGAGCUGGCAAAUUCCUAAGCAUAUUCCUUAAAAUAAAAUAAAAACACCUCCCACCAUAUCCAUGGAAAUAAAUUCAGCUCAAUUAAAGCAGGACUUGCUUCCAAGUAGGAGUUGCCAGCUGAGCCCAAAGCACUGGCCUGCUGCUCUGUGUUUUAACAUCAGCUUGAUCCACAAUUAUUAUUAAUUUUUGUAGUAUGAGCAUAGGUGUUAUCACCUGCUAAGAAGGCAGAGCAUAAGUUUGUUCAAAACAGAGGAGCAACGUCCAGAAAAAAUGUUGGCAAUCCUAAUUUCCAAACACUUCUUUAUCGCCCAAUCCUAUGCAUGUUUACAGUGGUGCAAAUGAAAUUCAUUCCCAAGCAAGUCUCAUUGAACUCAGUUGCACUUCCUUCCGAAUAAAAAUGUUUAGGACUGGGAUAUAAACUAAAGAAGCAUCCAUGGACAGCUCUUUCCCAUACUCUUACUUCCUGUUGCUUGGGGAAUGUGCCAAGCUAUUUUUAUGUUUGUGUAUGUAUUCCUUUUGAUAGCAACACACCAGCUAGGACUGUGUGAUCCUGUAGACUAAUGGUUGCUUCAUCUGAGUAAUCCAAAGGCCCCAAAUGCUCAAAAGUUCGCCUUAGCAAUCUCGCAUUUCAGCUAUGCUUUAAAAGUGAUGUCGGGAACCAUAAGCAUCAAUGUAAGCUGCAAGCAAGAUGUUAUAAACUUGGGUCUUCAAAGUGGAUCUGUGGAUUUAUCAAGCUGAAAUCAGAGGCUGGGACCUCUAAAGAGCAUUUCUGCCAGAGGGUAAGUGACUGAAGAGCUUCCAUAGCCGCCGCCCCCCCAAAAAAAUACAGAUAUCUGAUGACGUGAGCACAUAUGAAGCCAGUUACUCAACAGUUUGACAUCAUUGGGGGGUGAGGUAAAGGCAGACGACAGCUAUUACACUGAAUUACGUUCCUGUUUACUUUCGCUGUCUUUGGGAUCUUUUUUAUGUCAUCAUGUGGAGCUGUUGUUGUUCCAUGUUAGUAGUCGCCCUUCAUUUCCUAAGGGGACAACAGGCAGAGUUGCUGUCGCCGCUUACUUAUUGCCAUCUGUGCAGAUCCUCCCAGAGCAGUGAUCCCUAAAGCUUGAUCUUUGGAAAGAAGCCAAUGUCCACCCGCUGGGCCUCUUACUGGGUUUUGACGCUGACUCUCCCUGCCUUUAAACAGCUACAACUUGAGAUUCUCAGAUUUGACCUGGGAUGGGGGGAGGGGGUGGAGUUUCGUGUCUGGACAGAUUUUCUUGGAACCUAGUUGGUGGGAAAUGCUGUGCCAGUGAGCAGAGGUAUCAUUUUCUUGCAAUUGCAUUCAGAUCCUGCAACUGCCACCUCCUUAGAAGGCGUUGUUGAGAGUCAUGAUGGCUCAAACCCAACGGUCCUCAAAAGCACUCAUUCGCUUGCCACUGGCAAGUGGAUUUUCUAACAUAGUGAGGACAGGGUCAAGAAAAGCCCACAUCCUUCUCAGAGACACUCAGAAAUUAAUAAAACUUCUCCCUGCUUUCUGGCAGUCUCCAAGUCUCACGGUAACAGGCAUGAGUCUUCAUCCAAUUCAGUGAUGGCAAGAAGGGCAGGAUAAUUUCAACCCAGUAAUCCUGGGACUUGAGGUACCAACUCACAUCCAAGUAGAACCUGCUGUUCCUUCUGCUGGAGGUGAUGUGCAAAUCAUUUGCUAACUCUUCAUUGGAGUUUGUUGUGGAGAGUUUUUGGCAGGGGUGGAGUUACAAUUGUUGCUUUUCUUAAAUCGCCAAGUCCGUUGGCAGAUCAACCGUGGGAUAAGCUUUGCAACACUCAUGAAAUGUCAUUAGAAACCAUGAGAUUAGAGAAACUUGUUUCUGAGUCAUUAGAAAAGGGAUGGAGAUGCUGUGGCCCUUGAUAUGUUGUUAGACUCCGGCUCCCAUCAUCCCCAGCCAGAAUGGCCAAUGGACAGGUUUGCCAUUUCUUGCUUCAACACAUCUUUCUAUCAUGUUGAUUAGCUUCGUUUUGCGUCCACAAGGACAAAUAACUAUCUCUAUUUAAUUACAAAAAAAACAUGACUAUGGUUUCCACAAGUCUUUCUCACUUACUUUAUGAUUUUGACCACAACGUGUGCAACUUUAGAUAAUGGAUGACCCAGCCUUUUACCUCUGGCGUGGCGUGAAAUGCAGAAUAAAUUCUGAAGUGGCUGUAUUUGUCAGUUCUGUUUGUUGGGGUCAGUUGAGUUGCCAAGGACAAGUGGAGAGCCCCCUGAAACCUCAGCUGCAACCUUCUCUGCAAUUGGCAAUUGGAGAGGAGGACAAAGACUGACUGUACAGAAAAAGAACCUGAUGUUCAUGGGCUCUCGAGGUCAAUGCUCCCAAGCCUUUGACUGCUCUUUGCAACACCAUUGAGCAAACAGACUCUGAGAGCAACAGCAUGUUUUCCUCUCCCUCUCCCUUGAAGAGGCAUUUGAUAGCAAACCUAGCAGCUUGGACUGAAUCGCCGGGGAGGCCAGCUGCUUGUAAGCAUUUGGUGUGUGCAUCUGGCAGGUGGGUGGUGGGCAGUUUCUCCCUGCAAACUGGAGACUUCCAAUUUCCGUUUUGAGCAUCUGAUUUGUUUCAGGGUGGUUUGAGCCGUGUGGGUUGCUUACUCCACUGCUAGCAGCAGCACAGUGACAGGGUAGCACCCAUUCCAUCAGAACCAGAAGAAAAUGAGACUAGGUGCACAAUUUGGAAAGUAUUCAUAAAAGCAGCAAAUCCUAUGUGUUUUGAGCUGAAACAAGCUCUCCAGCAGUGAGCAUUGAGUAUUAAACAGAAGCUUCUUUCAAACUAAAUGUUUCGUUCUACCUUGAAAUAUGCUAGGUUUCCCACUAUGAUUUUAUUUUUGCAUUUAUUGUUCACUUUCUGUGGUGUCAUUGGGUGUAAACCCGUAAAAUAACCAUUUGGAAGCAAAGUCCUUGCCUGAAAAUGACCCUUAAACUAGACUGGGGCACUUAAAGUGUGACAAGGGUGGAAGCAAAUUUGCAAUUGCAAUGCAGGCUGCCCAUUUUGGGCGAAAUUUUUCCACCCUGGAGGGGGUUUUACGUUUUGAUGGGCAGGAACUGUUCAUACCUCCAUCACUUCCACUUAGAGCACCUACUUUCAUGCUUCCUCCUAGUCAAUUUUUCCUUAGAGGAGACACUAUUUGUGUGGCUUAGGAAGACUUUCCUUGAGUGCAAAUCACCUUAAUAACAUUAAAAAAAAAAAAAUCCAGCUUGCCAAAACAUAAUGUCUUUUCUACAUCAGAACGUAAGUAAAAUUAGGUCAUUUGAAAAAUUGAAAAGACAGUUGUGUAGCAAAAGAACUGCAAUGAAACACAGCAUUAGCUUAUUUAAGACUGUGUCAUAAGCUGAUGAGAAUGCAGGUGGUUUCUGAUUUCUGAAUAGCUUUUACGUGGCUGCCAUUUGAGGUUAAACAGAAAUGUUAUGGGUAAGAAGUGUAACUGUGCACAUCUCUGCAGAUAACCAUGCAGCAAUAUAGCAUAGAAAUUGAUGAGGGGUUGGCUGAACGUGUGAGCCAAAUGUUUUGUUUGAGGUAGUAACAGGUGGCACUGUUUUGUUGCGUUAUUCCUCUCUGUGGUGCUGCACUGGAUAGUUCAGUUGGCUGGAGUGUGGUGCUGAUAACGCCAAGGUUGCAGGUUCGAUCCCAGUCUGGGAGAGCUGCAUAUUCCUGCAUUGCAGAGGGUUCAACUAGAUGAUCCUCAGGGACCCUUCCAGCUCCAGAAUUCUAUGAUUCUAUGUUUAACCAGGUUGCAGUCAUCAACUGAAGUGCAAUAUAUAUGUGAAUCAGCCUAAAUAUUUCAGGGCCAACUCUAUGAGGCAACAGGGAAGAGUGAUCUGUUUCGGCAUGCUGGGAGUGAGAGAUCAAAUAGAUGAAGCUAGGAAUUUGGUGUUUGAAUGCUGCAGAGUGAGCCCUAGUGAUAGAACAGGGGGAGCAUUUGGGCUCCACUUCAGGCAGUAGAAUUUCUUAAUCUGGGUCAAAAGGCCACAAAACAGAGCACUACAGGAAUAAAUGAUCUGUAUAAACAAUUGUAGGCCCAUAUUUCUAACAUCGACAGUGGAAUUUGCUGCCAAGGAGUGUGGUGAAGACUCCUUCUUUGGAGGUCUUUAAGCAGAGGCUUGACAACCAUAUGUCAGGAGUGCUCUGAUGGUGUUUCCUGCUUGGCAGGGGGUUGGACUCGAUGGCCCUUGAGGUCUCUUCCAACUCUAUGAUUCUAUGAUUAAACAACUGCAAACUGGUUCCACACUGCCACCUCCGAACCCUGAAGGCACUUGAUUAAAUUAGUGGUUGAAACAUUCCAUCCAGGAGUUUGACAAGCCUUAUCAGGAACCUCAGCUGGUUCCUUGAGCCACCUCCUCUCUGAUUCCGUUUUGCCAUGGCUGUUAACAUUGUAAUUGAGAAGCCAGAAACACCCCAAAUAUUCAAAAAUUGGCCCUAGAGAAGCCAUAAAUUAACUUGCAAGGAAAUACGACAAAGGGAGUGAAAACCAAUAAAAGAGCAGCACAGAAACAAAGCCAUUGACUGACUUUGAAUGGUUGCCAAAGAGAAGUUCUGUACUUUUUAAAACGGCAUCAAUCCAGACAAAGCUCAGGGUCCACCAUGCACUGCCUGGUUCUCUGUAGCAAUCAAAGCACAAACCUGCGACAAACUCAUUUCUGUAUCAUUAUAUGCCCGUGGACAUUUUAUAAAAACAAAUCUGAAACUGGGGUGGUUGUUGUUUUUACAACUGCUCAUUCAGUCAGAUGGUCCAGAUUAUACUUCAGAAUUAUUUUGGACCUCCCUUCUCUUGGAAUAAAAUUCGCUAUGCGUCCCAUUAUGCUCACAAAUCAUGUUUGCAUAAGCCUGCAUAAAUGUUUUGGGUUAUUAGUUAGAAGCGACAGCCUCAUUUUGCAAAUAACAAAAUUUGCAGGAUUUUGGAGAGGGGUAUUAGGAUGAUAGAGGAAUUCUGGAGAGGGAGUUUAGGGAAGAUAAAGGCAUCAAGUUUGGCUCGCUCUAAUUAGGCCAAAAUCAGUAAACCAGAAAUUCAGCAGUUGCUGUGCUUGGAUCUGCCAAGUCCCAGCUUCUGCCAAUGUUAAAUGUUGGAACAACUUUUCAGAGUGUUUUCAUUUCAAUCGGCAUAGAGGAGGGGAGUUCAUAAAAUUGACACCGAAAAAUAUAGGAGGGAUGGACUCAGGCAACUAAAUACAUUAAGCACUCUGAUCAUAGAGAAGCAGCAGUCAGCUCUCCAGCAGCUAUGAUCUUGAAGACUUUCCCCCCAUUUUUGGUUUUUCCAUCUGUUUCUAUGGAAACACUGAGACGGAAGAGACGUCCUGCCAGGAAAAGUAAAGUUGGAACCCUUGUAAAAAUACAAAAAACAUCCUCUUGCUAGGGAAGCAGAAAUUAGCAUUUGCCAUUCUCCUUGCCAAUAACACCUACAAGAGUUGGGGUCCAAAAGGCCUGCGGGGAUUCCCGCCCCCCAUUAGUAAAGUGCUGUGAACACAAAGACAAGAGACCUGCCAAAACUGGAACGGCAAUCCAUCACUCUUCUCUUUAAAAGGAAGCAGGCCACUUAGGGCCGAUUUAAACUCUCAUCAGAAUCCAGUGGUAAAAGCUUUUCCUGGACCGUGUUCUUUUAGGUUGCAAUGGGCAAAUGCCUGUUUGACUGCUCCCCUAUGCUUGUAUAUUUAUUGUUUAAAUUUACAGUAUAUCCUGCCUUUCCAUGUCUCCAUGCUCAAGGCAGCUAACGGCAUUGAAUGCAACACAAAUCCAAAUCAGUAUAUAGGGCAACCAAGUUAAAAACCAAAACCAAAAAGAGCUUAGUUCCAUGUAAUUGUCUAAAUAAAAAGGUCUCCAUCUGUUGCCAGAAGACCAUCAGAGAGUGGGGCUAAAUAGGCCCUCCUAGGAAGGGAGUGCUUUUGAAUUAUGGUGCUGGAGGAGACUCUUGAGAGUCCCAUGGACUGCAAGAAGAUCAAACCUAUCCAUUCUGCAGGAAAUCAGCCCUGAGUGCUCACUGGAAGGACAGAUCCUGAAGCUGAGGCUCCAAUACUUUGGCCACCUCAUGAGAAGAGAAGACUCCCUGGAAAAGAUGUUAGGAAAGAUGGAGGACACAAGGAGAAGGGGACGACAGAGGACAAGAUGGUUGGAUGGUGUUCUCGAAGCUACCAGCAUGAGUUUGACCAAAUUGCGGGAGGCAGUGGAAGACAGGAGUGCCUGGCGUGCUCUGAUCCAUGGGGUCACGAAGAGUCGGACACGACUAAACGACUAAACAACAACAAAGGAAGGGAGUACCAGAGCUCAAGCAAAGCCACUCAAAUGACCCUGCCAGUCACACUUCAAAUGUUACUGGAACUGUGGGAAAGGUGCCCUCCAAAGACCUUAAAAUACAGGCACAGUUUGUAUGCAAGGAGACAAAAACUAGCAGACAAUGGAGAAAGCUGAUCUGAACUCAUCUCCAUGACAUGCUAGCUUUCUGUUUGCAGGGAGGACUCUUCUCCCCCUCCCCCACUGCCACACACCCUGUCCUGCUUGGAUAUUGGGUAUCAUUCAUCCACUACCUACAGCUCCUAAUUCUACAGUCCAUCUGUAUAAAACUCUUUUACCAUCUGAUUCUGUUAACUGUGUAAAGCCAUCUUUUGCGCAAAUCUUGCUCGGUUACUAUUAUUCACCAUUUUUAUUUACUAAAAGAAUUGCAUGUGAAUGUACAGUUCCAUAGUCAUCAUCCCAUUGGGGGGAAAUGUGUUUGUAUGCAACUUGCAUAGAUCUUAAGACAACAAAUUACAAGCUCCAUUCUGAAUAACAGAAUGGGGCUGAAUAAAUGAAUUGGGGUGGGACCAUGUGCAUGAUCACUUAUGCCAUUGAGAGAACUGAGAGCGCUUUCUUUACAUUGGAAAGCUUAGUAGUAAAGUAAAUGGUAAAAGGUGCUGGGCUGACACUGGAUGAAAAUCCUCUCUCCACAGCUGUCAGCAAAAAGAAUGAUUACAUUUGGUCAUACCCUUCCCUGGCUGAAUACACAGCUGAUCAGCUGAGCUGGGUUUUAUUUGGUUUAUUAGUCUUACAAAUUCUACAGUUACCUGAACAUCUGAUCUAUUGGCUCUCCAUUCUGGCAGUGCACUUGGGAGAGAAUGUAGUGUUCCCUUGCCUACGUUGGGCAAUCCAGCAUUCCUGCUUUUGGCUAGCCGCACAAAACCCCCAGCAUAAACAAAGAAAAUGGUUAACAAGCACAGGUAGUGAUGCCCCCGCUUUUUCUGGGUCCUCUAGAGGCUUGCCAGUGCAGAUGUACAUGCAGCUGGCCUUAAUUGCUAUGUUCAAAAGAUUAUGCUCUGCAAAUAUUAGACGAGAAGCAGAUUCAGGUGUUUGCCCGUGUUUUCGUGAGCAGUCAGCUCAGUUUAUGAGAGCCUUUUUGCUCCGCUUCUGUGCGUGAGGCUCUUCCCACAUGCACACAAUGUGGUAAUGUAAUGCACUGCACAACAGGCUGCAGUUGUGUGUUGUGCUGCUGCUCAGUGGGGAAAGUUCCCUGCAGGUUUUGCUUUAUUUGUUCUUUGAAACGGGUGGAGAGCCUCUGGCCCACUAGGCUCUCAUAUCCUGCCCAUAGCCCUCUCUCCUAAGAUGUGGCUAGAAUAAUCACCUGUAGUGUGCCUGCUUUCUCUCUUUUUAAAAAAGAAACCUCACAAGUCAAGUACAUGGAAGUUAGCAUUUUCUCAUACCACACUAUCUGCAGUCUAAAGUGAUGCCACUUUAGUCUACUUGGAGGAAUAUUGUCAGGAGCAGGUCAGUAAUAAGUCACAUGGUGUCUGAAGUUAACUCUUUAUUCAAGGAAGCAAGGUCAGCUCAGGAGGCCACACCUAGUGAGCAUAGCAACUCAUCCCAGCAGGUCUUGCCCCAGUGAGGCAGUUGCGAGGACUGAAGGUCCCCACCACUCUCCAAAACUCCUUCUUCCCCUGGUCCUUCCGCAGGAACCUGAGGCUCCUUUGUCUUGCCUCUCUUUGCUCCACCGUCUUCAUUCCUCUUUGUGUUGGGAGGAGCUGGUCACAGCAGCAGGAGGAGACCCCUUGGCUUCUUCACCAGCCUGACUCAUCUCUGCCUCUUGGCCCACCUCUCCAGCCUCCUCUUCUGCCUCUGGUUCUGGACUGCUCUCUGCUACACUCUUCCUGCUCGCUAAACCCUGUUACCGCUUUGGCUUCUGACAUCUCCCCCUCCCAGUCUUCUCCCUCUGACCACUCAUUGUUGUCCCACCACCAAACCCUGGGCUCUGAGCCUUUUUCCAUUGGGCAUUCAGCUGGUGCCUCCCACCACUUCUCGGUAUCCAGCCACUUCAUGAUAAAUAUGCACUCAGAACUCUGACCCCCCUUUUUUUUUUGAGAAGAGAAUUUGAGAUUUGUGCAAGUUUGUUUAUUUUUGCAUUUAUAUCCCACUUUUUUCUCCAAUGAGCUCAAGGUGAUCUACAUGGCUCUCUCCCUCCCCAAUUGAUCCCCCACAACAACUCUGUGAUGUAAGUUGGGUUGAGAGAUACUGGCCGGCCCAAGGUCACCCAAUGAGCUUUAUGGUGGGGGGUGGGAUUUGAACCCUGGCCUCAGGUCUCAAUACCCUGGUCCUUCUCCACUGUUCCUCUAAGCAAUACAGAUGACAGCAGUCAGAAGAACAACUAUAGCAGUUAUUUUAAGUAAUAGCAGUGCACUAAAGUCAUUGAGAAAGUGGCAAGGAACCGUGGGAAAAUGCAGCACGGGAGAACUUUGGAUUCUCCUUUUGAAGAGAUCGAUUAAACAAUGCAGCUAAACAGUACAGUUGUACCUCGGAAGUCAAACAGAAUCUGUUCUGGAAGUCCGUUCAACUUCCAAAAUGUUCAGAAACCAAGGCAUGGCUUCCAAUUGGCUGCAGGAAGCUCCCGCAGCCAAUCGGAAGCAACAUCAGAUGUUCGGGUUCCAAAGAACAUUCGCAAACCGGAACGUUUGCGACAUUCUGGGUUUGUGACAUUCGGAAGCCAAAACGUUAAACUCGCAUGGUGUUUCAGAACCAAGGUACAGCUGUAUUUGAAAUGGUAUGAGGCACUUGCUGCCAUGAGACCAAAAAAGAGAGACUUUGAUAAGGAUGCAGCCGAAGCACAAAUAGAUGCUGAAGAACUCACAAUAUAAUUCAAGUGGAGGUGCUUUUUCUUUAAGAAUCAGCACUGAGUUGCAGGCCUUGAUCUCUCAUUCUGAAUAAUUACUGUGUUUUUAAAGAGCCAAAUCUUUGUCACAUUUAUUUUAAAAAAUACAGUGCAUUAGUGGAGUGUAAUAAUUUCACUGCAGAAAUAAUUACUAGCUAUUAUGGUAUUGUUUGACAGAUGCUGCAUUCAAUUUAAAUACAAGUAUCUAGGAUUUGACAAUCAAUUUCUUGUUAUGAAGCUAAAUGACUUCUGUAUAGGCAUGUUAGCAACAAACAUUAUUUUUUUGCCUGCUCGUGUAAUUCAUAGGCUGCUGUUGACAUUUCUGGGUACUAAAGGAGCAGAAUGCUUCCUUGCAGAGAAAACCAGUCUUGCCUUAACAAUGGGCUGUAACUCUUCCCUCGUGAUGAAUAGCCCAGUCCAAAACCCAAUCGUUUUAUUGUGCAUCUUGGGCCAGGUCAGUCACUCUGCAAAAAUAGGAUUCCCAAGGAGACAGCCCUGUUGAAAAGAUUCCUCAUAAAAGCCACUAGACUUUGAAAACUAGCUCGUGGUUGAUUUGUGUUAGUAGCCUUCUUCAGGCAUUCUUCUUCAGCGCUGAGACAUCAAGGGAGGGGUGAGCUGUGGGGAUGAGCGAGCCAGCUCUGUGUCCUUGUCCCUCCCCAUCCUCCUUGACCUCAGCAAGUUGGAGGAUUAAACUCCUGAAGGAGGAAAGAGACUCCUGUAGAUGAAGGCUCCCUGCAAUUCUUAGAACCCAAGUUUUCCAGGGUUCUAAAGCACACAGAACCUCCAGCAGUACAGGUGGCUCCCCUAACAAGUUCAUCCCUGAAUUCAAAGCAAGUAAUAGAAAUGUGGCAAAGGGGUGAAGCUACCACCGUGCCCACCCCACCCCUUGUGUGUUUUAACAUCAUAGAUUGUCUGAAAGUGUUAUUGGGGGGGGCACGAGUUGUGCAGCCAUGUUUAUAUAUUCGAAAUUUUGUGCAAGGGCUUUGAAGUGGAGGGGAAGCGUUGACCUGUGUGAGCUGAGCAUGUGAGCUAAGCAAUGAGCAGGAAGGUAUGAAGGGAGCUUAUAAGUUUGCAUUUUCAGGGUUCUAAGCACAAGGCAGCAAGCACUAAAUUCACGUCCAAACCCCCUUUCUACAUUUCUGCUCAAUGCAGGAUGGUUGGGGAUGGAGAAGAUGAGCCAGAAGGCACAGCACCCCAUCUUCGGUUUAAACUCCCCUGUAUUCUUUUGAACAUGUGAACAGGGGCUCUGUUUGCAUAUUAAUGUGUAAAACAUACACAACAUUAAUUGCUCUGCUGCUGCUGAGCUGGUGUGAUAGUGACGAGUGUUGUUACUAGAAAAGCCCCUCAACAAUGAAGUAUACAUACAAGGAAGUCUCUCUUUUUCUGCCUAACCUAUUUUACCGAGUUGUGAUGCCAAAACACAACAGGGAAGCAGCUUCCACAUCAGUAAACAUUAAGUAUGAUUUGUGCUUUUGCUAGGCUGUUUUAGACUAAACACAACACAGAUGAUCAUCUUGUGCUUAUUCUUUGUGCUUUCAUCAUUCCCUUGUAAGAAAAACUGUGUGGGAAAAGUUACAGCGCAUUUUUAUUAUUAUUUUUAGGUCACCAUUGGUCAACUUUAUUCAACGGAGAAGUUAAUUAUCGAAUGCCCACAGAACGUCUGA